UCACCAGCCACCAGUUCGUCCGCGGUCUCCCGGCUGGACGAGAAGUUCGUCCUUUUCACCACGUUUUCACCCUAAGAGGUGCUAUUUAUUUAUUUAUUAUUUCUUUCUUUAUUUGGUGAGUCGACCAGUGAAAUCAGUCAACAUUGGACUACGAAUAGAAGGAAGGAUCCUGGCUGAAGGAGGAGGCUGCUAUCAGCCAUGGGGACGGCCAAGAUGAAACAUCUUCGGCCGUUGGUGGUGUGGAUACUUCUAUUCCUGUGUCCAGCCGAAUCCCUCAGAGGGGUCGGGCAUGGAUUGAGGAGAGAAGUAUUCUUCCUGAACCUCGAAGACGGCUACUUCGGCUGCCAGGUGAACGAAUCGACGGACGUGUUGCAGCUCCUCCAGCUGUCCAAGCUGUGCGACGAGCACGUCGAUUGUUACCAGGGCACGGACGAGCAACGUGACAGAUUAAAGUGUACAGAUGACUGCACGAAGGAGGACGGAACCAGGUGUCUGAACGGUGUCUGCUUGAAUUCCGUUUGUCAUUGCAACGACGGUUUUGGUGGUUGUAAUUGUCAGGUACCGGACGAGAACGAGUGCAAGUACCGACCCUGUGAUAUAUUCGCGCAUUGCACGAAUACUCUUGGUAGUUUUCAAUGUUCCUGUUUCCCUGGCUAUCAAGGCGAUGGUUUCUACUGCGAAGACAUCAACGAGUGCGACAACCCGGCUUUCGCCUCGAGAUGCGUGGAGAACGCAGAAUGCUGUAAUCUUCCCUCGAAUUUCCUAUGCAAGUGUAAAUCCGGUUAUAUCGGCGACGGGGAGGUGCACUGCGAGGACGUGAACGAGUGUGCGAUACCUGGUGCAUGCGGUGACAAUACCGUUUGUCAUAACAUCCCUGGAAAUUACACCUGCGCUUGUCAGGAUGGCUUCACGGGAGACCCGUACGAAAGUUGUAUCGAUAUCAACGAAUGCGAAUACGAGGGUGCUUGCGGAAGGGGUGCUUUGUGCGUGAAUUUACCUGGUGCUCACAAGUGCGAGUGUCCUGAAGGAUACAACGGCAGUCCCGAAGAGGAAUGCCUGGACAUCGACGAAUGUUCACGCAGCCCUUGUGGUCGUUCAGCUGAGUGCACAAACGUGCACGGAAGUUUCCGUUGCUCUUGCCCGGAAGGAAUGAGCGGCGAUCCUUGGAUCGGCUGCCACGAUGUAAACGAGUGCGAGGAUGGUUCAGCCUGUGGCGCGGACGCUGAUUGCGUGAACACAGAGGGUAGUUUCGAGUGCAGAUGUCGUGCUGGCUAUCAGAUGGAUUCCACACACGGUUGUGUCGACGAAAACGAGUGCAGUCGGACGGAUGCGUGCGCGGCGAAUGCAAGAUGCAUCAAUGUGCCGGGAUCGUACAAGUGCAUCUGUCCCCAGGGCUUCAUCGGUCAAGGACUAACAUUGUGCGAAAACGUGAACGAAUGCGAGAGAAAUCCUUGCGGCGAAAACGCCGAGUGCAGCGACACGAUCGGCAGCUUCGUAUGCAGUUGCAAGACGGACUACACUGGGGAUCCUUUUAAGGGAUGCAGCGACAUCGAUGAAUGCACGGCGUUGGAGAAUCCUUGCGGAAGAUACGCGAUUUGCAAGAACACGGAUCCUGGGUACAAUUGCAUCUGUCCGACGGGAUAUAGUGCCAAUCCUAAUCCGACAGUCGCUUGUGAACAGACCGAUGUGACUACACUUUGCAAAUCGAACUUCGACUGCGUGAACAAUGCCGAGUGCAUAGAAGGACAAUGCUUCUGUAAGAAUGGAUUCAAGGCUGUAGGAGCCGAGUGCGUGGACCUGGACGAGUGUCUUUCGAAUCCUUGCGGACCUGCUUCCAUUUGUAGCAACACCAGAGGAAGUUAUCACUGCGAGUGUGAGUCUGGUUUUGUUGGAACUCCGCCGCACAUACCCUGCAAAGCACCUUGCGACGAAGUAACUUGUGGAGACCAUGCGUAUUGCAAGGCAGAUGGUCACGAAGCGUACUGUAUCUGUGAGGAUGGCUGGACCUUCAAUCCAAAUGACAUUGCAGCUGGCUGCGUUGAUAUAAACGAAUGUGACGCCGUAAAUGGCCCUUCGGGUCGUUGUGGAAGAAACGCAAUCUGCACUAACACUCUGGGUGGCUUCAGUUGUCAGUGCAAGCCUGGAUUCGCUGGAAAUGCCUUCAAACAAUGUCUAGACGUAGACGAGUGUACCAGACACGAUGCCUGUGGUCACGGUGCUACCUGCACGAAUACAGAAGGUUCUUACGCCUGUACUUGUCCAGAGGAAACCAUACCGGAUCCUGAUCCUUACAUCAAGUGUGUCGGUAUAGUUACCUGCGAGGUUGACGGAGACUGUCCUGGAAAUGCCAUUUGCGACCCACAGAAACGAUGCCUGUGUCCGGAACCCAACGUUGGAAAUGACUGUAGACAUCCUUGCGAGGACUUGACUUGUGGACCAAAUGCACAUUGCAUGUUAUCUAACGACGUGGCAACCUGCCUGUGCCGCAGUGGUUACACAGGAAAGCCUGGAGUUAAGGGUGGUUGCAGGGAUAUCGACGAGUGCGCGAUCAAUCCGUGUCCUCAGGGUGCAAUUUGCAACAACGAGCCUGGUUCCUUUUCUUGUCAGUGUCCUAGCGGUACCACUGGAGAUCCCUACAGUGGUGGUUGCCAGGAAUCUAAGUCCCCACACGUUUGUGGACCCAGCACCCCGUGUCCAGCUGGGGAACAGUGUAUCAAAGAUGAGUUCGUGGGCAGUAGUGUGUGUAUUUGUCAAAGAGGAUACACUCGUGACCAUGAAACUGGUAAAUGCAGAGACAUCAACGAGUGUAUGGAGCUCAGGGAGAAACCUGCCUGUGGUGUCAAUGCUAUUUGCAAGAAUCUACCUGGGAGUUAUGAAUGUCAGUGUCCACCUGGGUUCAAUGGGAACCCCUUCUCCCUUUGCGAAGAAUGCAACAGCAUCGAAUGUCAGUGUCAGCCUCCCUACAAGAUCGUUAAUGGUAAGUGUAUGUUGGCUGGGUGCUCCAAGGGUGAGAAAUGUCCCAGUGGUGCUGAGUGUAUAACGAUCGCUGGUGGAGUCAGCUAUUGUGCCUGUCCUAAAGGGUACACUACCAAAAUUGAUGGUUCUUGCGAGGAUAUCAACGAAUGCAUCGUUGGACACCAAGUUUGUGGAUACGGAGCGGAGUGCAUCAAUUUGCCUGGUUCCCAUCAGUGUGUCUGUCCGCAUGGAUAUGGCGGAGACCCAUACAACGGUCUCUGUUCUCCGGCCCAGAAAAGAUGCACAAGCGACAACGAAUGCAAAGCUAACGAGAAGUGUGUGCAACCUGGCGAAUGCGUCUGUCCACCACCGUUUUACUCAGACCCUCUCGAUGGCAACCUUUGUAAAAAUCCCUGUGAUCGUUUCCCAUGUGGUAUGAACGCGAAGUGUACCCCAAGCGAUCCACCAAGGUGCAUGUGCGAGGCUGGCUACGAGGGAGAUCCUCAACAUGGAUGCGUCGAUGUGAACGAAUGUGCGAACAAUCCCUGUGGACACGGUGCUUACUGCAUCAACACCAAGGGCGACCAUAUCUGCGAGUGUCCAAAGGGAACAGUGGGUGAUCCUUAUGGUGCUGGUUGUACGGGAGUUGCUAUUGCAAAGAACGAGUGCUCUUCCAACGACGACUGUGAUAAUAUUUUCGCUUGUGUAAACGGAAGGUGCGUGAACCCUUGUGAAAACAUACCUUGUGGACCAAAUGCCUAUUGCGAACCUGACAAGCAUGCUGCUUGGUGUCGAUGUGUGAUCGGAUUCGUGGAGGGCAAAAACAACGAAUGUGUUUCUCAAUGCGACGGCUUCGUCUGUGGCUCUGGAGCACAGUGCAUCGUGAGCUACAGCGGACCAACUUGCAAGUGCAUCGAAGGUUUCAUGGGCAAUCCGUUCCCUGGUGGACAGUGCCAACCGGACGUCUGUUCACCGGAUGUUCCCUGCGCUGAGCCAAGUGUCUGCAUAAGUGGAAGGUGUAAACGCCGCUGCGAAGGGGUAGUCUGUGGUGUGGGUGCUUCUUGCGAUCCGUCUACGAACAAAUGUGUCUGCAAUCCAUACUUCAUUGGAAAUCCUGAUCUUCUCUGUAUGCCACCGAUCAAUCCUGCUGUCUGUGAUCCCGGCUGUGGUCCUAACGCCCACUGCGAGUAUACUCUUCAAGAAUCAAAAUGUGUCUGUAAUCCUGGAACUACUGGAAAUCCGUAUCAUGGUUGCGGUAUACAAGACAAGUCUGAUUGUUCCACCGCAUCGUGUGGCAAAGAUGCACACUGCAACGCUGGACCGAAUGCUGUUGAGUGUUUAUGUCCUCCUGGAUACGCAGGGAACCCCUACAUUCAGUGUCAUGACAUCAAUGAAUGCAAUGGAAAUGCUUGUGGAAACAAUGCAGUUUGCAUCAACACCAUCGGGAGCUACGAUUGUCGCUGCAAAGAAGGCUUCUUCGGCAACCCGUUCAUCGGUUGUCAGCAAGUCCAAGUGGGCCCCUGCACCGAUCCUUCAACCUGUACCUGCAGCGACACCGUUCCAUGCCCCUUCGACUACAGUUGCGUGGGUGGCAAGUGCAUAAACAAAUGCAGCGACGUGAAAUGUGGUCCCAGAUCGGUUUGUCAAGAUGGUGCCUGCGUUUGCCCACCGGGAUACAGCGGCAAUGCUAACGACCUCACCAAAGGCUGUCAUCUUCACGGCCACUGCUCCAACGACCUGGACUGCGAGCCUCAGCAAAUCUGUUUCCAAGUUGGCAAAGGUGUUCGAAAGUGUGUCGACGCGUGCAGCAAGCUGCAGUGCGGUCCGAACGCAUUGUGCAUCACUCAGAAUCAUGUGUCCUCGUGUCUGUGCAUCGACGGGUACCAGGGUAACCCCAGUAAUCUGGUAGAAGGUUGUCAGCCAUCCAAGUCGGUCAUUACACCCGGAUGUCGUCGUGAUUCCGAUUGCCCGGAUGGUUCAUUCUGUAUCGACUUGGACAGUGGUACUCGCGAGUGCGUGAAUCCAUGCAGCAAAGUGGUUUGCGGUGCCCAUCAGAAGUGCGAACCGGACAUAAUCCCUGGCCAUGCUACCUGCAAGUGCCAAGAUGGAUACGAGUGGAAUCCGAUAUUGUCCUCCUGCGAGAAACCAUCUGUUCCCGAUUGUAUCUCGGACGACGACUGCCAUUCGACUGAAGCCUGUAGACCUGACGCUUUGGGUGUGCUGAAGUGUAUCUCUGUGUGCCGUAGUUUUACCUGUGCGAUCAACUCUCAGUGCGUGGCCGAACGACAUCACGGUCGCUGCGAGUGUCUACCAGGCUUCAUCGGUAAUCCAAAUGAUCGUCAGGGUUGUCAGACACCUAGAAAGGAUCAAUGUUCAACCGACAGCGAGUGUCCGGAGGAUCAGACUUGCAGAAGCACGGAGGAAGGACUACUGACCUGUCAACCAGUAUGCAACUUUGUUACUUGCGGUCCAAACGCUCUCUGUAUAGUUCACAAUCAUGUCGCCAAUUGCGAAUGUCCACCUGGUCUCUAUGCCGGUGAUCCUAACGACGUGGUUAAAGGAUGUCGCACUGUUCCUUGUGUCUACAACAUCGAUUGUCCACCUACUCAACUGUGCAACAGGCUAACACACACGUGUUACGAUGCUUGCGACGAAAAUGCCUGCGGAGCAAACGCUGUUUGCAUCGCAGACGACCAUAGAGCUAUCUGCCAAUGCCCACCUGGACUUCGACCUAAUCCUGUGCCAGACGUAGAAUGCGUUGCCAUUGAAGCUUGUCACCCGAAUCCCUGUCACGAGACGGCCAUAUGCGUUCCAGGACCUUCCAAUAAUCCUAUCUGUCAGUGUCCAUCCAAUUUCGUCGGUGAUCCCUAUGGCAAUGGCUGUCAACCUGAAGGCUACUGUGCUAGCGUCAAGGACUGCCCUGUUCAUUCUAUCUGCCACAACCAUCGUUGCGUCAAUCCUUGUGAAGAUGCUUGCGGACCGAAUUCCAUAUGUGAGCUCGUCAAUGGACAACCGACCUGUAAAUGCAUUCACAGAUUCGUUCCAUCUUCGAAGGGACCGCAAGAUGGAUGCGUCCGGGCGAAGAACUAUUGUGCCGUCGAUGCUGAUUGCGAUGAAAGCGUAUGUUUGGAUGGACAGUGUAUAGCUGUCUGCAGAGCUACUGAUGACUGUUCUAUCGGUGAAAAGUGUCUGAACAAUAAGUGCAUGGUUCCUUGCGUCACUCAUAAUCAGUGUCAGAAUGAUCAGGCCUGUGUCAAUGGAGUUUGUAUUCUGGGAUGCAGGAGCAAUAAGAACUGCCCCUCAACUGAGUCCUGUAUCAACAACAAGUGUCAAGAUCCAUGCAAAAGGAAAGACGUCUGUGGUCCAAAUGCAAUCUGCAGUUGCACCAAUCAUGCAAUCACCUGCACCUGUCCACUUGGUUUCCACGGAAAUCCCACGCCGCAACAGGGCUGUGUCAGAGUACCAGGCAUCUGCGAUGGUCAUCAAGAUUGCCCCAGUCAGCACGUCUGUGUUUCUGGAUUUUGUCAAUGCCAGUGCAGUGAACAGAACAACUGUGCUGAAGGAGAACGCUGCAAGAACGGUAUCUGCGUUAAGAUAUGCUACAGCGACAGCAAUUGUUUGCCCGGCGAAUUGUGCAUCGACGGAGUGUGCGAAGUGGGCUGCACUUCCGACGUCGGCUGCAAGGACAACGAAGUGUGCAUCAACAACAAAUGCAAAUGCAGUCACGGAUUCGUUGCUGGUCCAGAACGUUGCUUGGACGUGAACGAGUGCGAGGAUCAACCGUGUCACUCGAGCGCGGAGUGCGUCAAUCUUCAAGGAUCCUAUCGCUGCGUCUGUCCAUUAGGCACUGCCGGUGAUCCUGUAGGAUCUGGCUGUGUGAUACCUCAUCAGUGCACCGUCAAUGCUGAUUGCGCGGAUUCACAAGCUUGCAUCCAGCAUAAUUGCACCGAUCCUUGCUCUCUGGUUGAUUGCGGACCUAACACUGUUUGCUCUGUACUGGAUCACACUGCUGCCUGUCAGUGUCAACCUGGUUACAUCGGCGAUUCCUCCGGGUGCUUCAAGGUGGAAUGCCUUUCCAAUAACGAUUGUUCUACAGAUAAAUAUUGCAACCAGGAUACCAACAAAUGCAGCGGUCCUUGUAACCAAGUGGAUUGUGGAUACGGUAAUUGCGUAGCCUACGAUCACUCUAGUAAAUGCAAAUGCUAUCCAGGAUUCGUGCUGGCAGGUGAUAUCUGUGUCGACGUUAACGAGUGUUUGAAGAAUCCUUGCCACCCUUCUGCAGUUUGCCAAAAUUCAGAAGGAUCGUACGAAUGCAUUUGUCCACAUGGUCUGGUGGGAGAUCCCUUUAAGUCUGGUUGCAAGCAACCCGGUGAUUGUUUCACGGAUACCGAUUGUCCGAAUUCUGCAGCUUGCGUUGACAACAGGUGCAAGAAUCCUUGCGAUAUUUCGACUACUUGUGGCAAGAGUGCAGAGUGCUUCGUUCAGGAUCAUGUUCCCCUUUGCAAGUGCCCUGGACAGACCACUGGAAAUCCAGCGGUGGAAUGCGUCCACUUGGAGUGCAACUACCACAGUGACUGUAAUCCUUCAGACGCGUGUUACAAUCACAAGUGCGUCGAUCCUUGUUCUCUAUCGAACGUUUGUGGUCAAGGAGCAGAUUGUUCACCCUUGAAUCACAGUGCUGUCUGUACUUGUCAGCCAGGUGGUACAGGCGAUCCAAACUUAGGUUGUACACCUGUUCAAUACUGUAAGUCGGAUUCUCAGUGUUCAACGGGUUCGGCAUGCAGCGGUGGCAUAUGUACAGCACUCUGUGGUAGCACAAGGGAUUGUAUCGGUGACCAACUUUGCAUCAAUGGUCUCUGUCAACCCACUUGCAAGAGUAAUUCCAGUUGCCCAGAGUAUCAGUACUGUCACAACAACAUCUGUGUACAAGAAUUGCGUUGCACAUCCGACGACGAUUGUUCUUACGACGAAAGGUGCAUCAAAAAUAACAUUGGACAAGCAGAAUGCCAGAAAUCUUGCGACUUGGUCCUUUGUGGACGCAACGCUGAGUGCAGAGCCAAUGAUCACCAGCCGGUGUGCUCUUGCAAAGCUGGUUUCUUCGGAAACGCCAAAGACGACAAAAUCGGCUGUCAACCCAUCGAGUGCGAAAGUAACGAUGAUUGCAGCGGAGAGAAAAUCUGUGAUACUCACAAGUGUAGGAUCGCGUGUUUGGCCCACAAUCCUUGCGGCGUUAAUGCUAUUUGCACUGCAGAGAAACACGUUCAGAUCUGCACGUGUCAACCAGGAUACACAGGGGAACCAACGCAUGGCUGUCAACUGAUCGACUAUUGUUUGAACGAACCAUGUGCUCCCGGAGCUGUGUGUGAAAAUUCCCGAGGAUCCUACAAGUGUCACUGCCAACAAGGUAUGGUUGGCGAUCCGUACAACAGCGGCUGUCAACCACCAGUCGAAUGCCUACACGACGACGACUGUCCAUUAACUGCUAAAUGUAUAAACGUCAACAAUAUACCAAAGUGUUUCGAUGUUUGUUCACGUACACAGUGUGGACCGAACGCAGAUUGCGUUGCCACUAAUCACGCAGCAGCCUGCCAGUGUAGAUCCGACUACGAGGGUGAUCCAAACAAUUUAAGUAUAGGUUGUCGACCAAAACCAGUAACUUGCUCAUCAGCCACAGAUUGCUCGACUAAUACUUACUGUUACGAAGGGAUCUGUCGACCGUUCUGUCAAUCCGACGAGGAAUGCAAUCUAUCGGACGUGUGUCUGAAUGGACAGUGUUUGGAUCCUUGUAACGUAAGAGCUGCAUGCGGAAUAAACGCGGAAUGCAACGUAAGGAGUCACAUCAAGCAAUGCAGUUGUGCUCCGGGAUUCACUGGGAACUCGGAAGUGGAAUGCGUGAGACUGCCGGUGUCCUGCAAAGACAGCAACGAUUGCAACGAGGGCAACACCUGUCGCGACAACGUGUGUCUACCGAUCUGCGAUAGCGACACCGAGUGCGCGUUCAACGAGAAAUGCGUCCGCGGCAACUGUCUGCUGACCUGCAGACUCGACAACGAUUGUUUCCUGGGUCACAUAUGUCUAAACAACAUGUGCACCUUCGGUUGUCGCGCUGACGAGGACUGCAACGCUAACGAGGCCUGCAUUACCAACAAGUGCACCAAUCCCUGUGAGGCAACUCCGUGUGGUCCGAACGCAAAGUGCACUGUCUUCAAUCAACGAGCCACUUGUUCGUGUCCUGCGGGUUUCAUUCCUAAUCCAACUGCGAAAGUGGCUUGCCUGAGAUCACCUGGACCUGCCUGCCAGGCGAGCAGGGACUGUUCAACUGGAACAACUUGUAUCGGAGGUGUCUGCACACCUGUCUGUUCUACGGACUUGAAUUGUCUGAGCAACGAACGCUGCGACCCCUCUGGCAUCUGUAAAUCCUUGUGCAGGAGGGACGAGGAUUGUAGGAGCGGAGAGAUAUGCGAGGGACUCGUCUGUGUGAUUGGAUGUCGAUCGGACGUAGAAUGCCAGGAAAAUUACGCCUGCCUAAAUAAUCAAUGUCAGGAUCCUUGCUUGCUCUCCGAUGCCUGCGGAGUGAACGCUAAGUGCUCGAUCGUGAAUCAUCGGAAGUUAUGCGCUUGUCCUGCACCGUUGGUUGGCGAUCCGCUAAUUGGAUGCAAACAGGCGUUCCUGCCUUGCAACACGGAACUGGAAUGCGCGACCGGCCAAACUUGUUACGGCAGAUCCUGUUACGCCACCUGCAGAAGCGAUGCUAAUUGCUUGAGCGACGAACGAUGCGACGCUGGAAUUUGCAAGACUAUCUGCAACAGCGACGAUCAUUGUGCAGCGAAUCAGAUCUGUCAGAAUAGAUUGUGCGAUAUCGGAUGCCGCAGCGACAAUACUUGCCCCAACGACGAGUCCUGCCUGAACAACAAGUGCAGAAAUCCAUGCGAAGGCGGCAAAGCAUGCGGAGAGUGUGCAGGGUGCCGCGUGGUGAACCAUGUAGCACAAUGCAGCUGUCCAGCUAAUUAUUAUGGAAAUGCAUUAAUCAGCUGUUCCAAGUCUAUGAUUCCUUGCGAUAGCUCUUGCGAAUGCGAUGAAAUUGGAUUCUGCACAAAGAGUUGCUCCAGUCAGGACCAAUGUUCCUGUGGAGAAGUUUGUCAUUCUGGAAAAUGUCGCAUCAAGUGUGAUAUCAAUAAUUACUGUCCAAAGGGUUACGUUUGUGACGGAGGACUGUGUCUCGUCGGUUGUCGAACUCAUUCCGACUGCCCCUCGUCUCUAUCCUGCGUGAGUGGCCAGUGCGAGGAUCCGUGUUCUGCAAACGGAUCUCCUUGUGGCAUCAAUGCACUCUGUCGCGUUUCCAAUCAUCGUGCAGUGUGUCUGUGUCCAGAAGGUUUCCAGGGAGAGCCAAGUGAAGAAUGUUAUCAAUUGGAGUGUCACCGAGACGACGACUGCGAGGCGAACAAACGUUGCAGCGAGGAUGGAGUUUGUACGAAUCCUUGCCUGCAACACGGUGUUUGCGGUUUCAACGCACAAUGUAGAGUGGUGAAUAGGAAGGCUCAGUGUUCCUGCCCACCUGGACACUAUGGAAAUCCAAAGAUCAACUGCAAGAAAGGAGGAGACGAAUGUCUGAGAAGACCUUGCGGCGUGAACGCGAAAUGCAGGGAGACUUUGAACGGAUUCGAGUGUACUUGCGAUCCUGGAUGUCACGGUGAUCCUCAUCAGGCUUGCAUCUGCGACGGAGGAGAACUUUGCAAGGAUGCUCGAUGUGGAGUGAAUGCUGCCUGUCGCAUUUACAACAACCAGCCCCAAUGUUACUGUCCAGCCAACUAUCCAUCUGGCGAUCCGAUGCAUGCUUGUAGCACAGACAAGAGCUUAGGCGAUUGUCGCACGAACGGUUGCGGUAAGGGUGCCGAGUGCAUCCGGGACGGUACAAUAUUUGUAUGCAGAUGUCCACCUGGUACCAGUGGAUCUCCAGACGUUGAGUGCACCACAGAGCGCGAAUGCACCAGUGACCUAGAGUGCCCCAAUGAAAAAGCCUGCAUAAAUCUGCAAUGCGUGGACCCGUGCGGUCUUCGCGGUGCCUGUGGGAUCAACGCUCUGUGUCGUGUGGUUCUGCACAAGCCACGAUGUUCCUGUCCGCAGUGCUAUAUCGGUAUGCCCCACACGGCCUGUCAUCCAGAUCCUAAAUGCGACACGCUCAAUCCCAGACCUACACCGAGUAUCGGUUGCUCGUCCGAUCGCGACUGUCCAGAGAGCCUGUCGUGUCACACGCGAACGGGCGAAUGUCGUGACCCGUGUUUAAGCUCUCGAUACACCUGUGAAGUGAACAAGAGAUGCCAGGUGCGUAACCACAGGCCGAUGUGCGUAUGCAAAUACGGUUUCGUCGUGAACGAGAUCGGUGAACUGACAUGCGCCCCCGACACGUUGACAUGCACCAGGGACUUCGACUGUCCGUCGAACGCCGCGUGCGUGAAUGGAAAAUGCCAGAAUCCGUGUAACGUGAGAAAGAAAAAGCCGUGUCCGGCUGAUAAAACCUGCGAUGUCCUGGACCACCGUCCCGUCUGUAUAUGCACACAAAAUUGCAAUCCCUCCCUCUCCAUUUGCCUGCGAGACAGUGGCUGCUCUCCAGACUUGGCGUGCCGCAACUAUCGCUGUGUGGACCCAUGCAGAAACUCCACCUGUCCGGCUGAUGCCCCCUGUUACGUGGAGGAGCACAAGCCUAUCUGCAAGUUCUGUCCCCCCGGCUUUGUGCCAGAUACUAAAUACGGAUGCAUGAAAGCAGUUCACGACUACACGCCAGACUAUUUCUGCGAGUCCGACGACAACUGCAGCGACACAGAAGCGUGUGUCGAUGGAUCCUGCGUUGAUCCUUGCGUCGACCAUUGUCGAUUGCCAGUUCGAUGUAGGGUUAAAGCACACAGGCCAAUUUGCGGCUGCGAGGAUGACACUUGUACAGACACUACAACGCAAACAUCGUUGUCUACAAUUGAUUACACAACACACGAAACCGAUGAACCAUUUUCGACAGUUACACAACCCAACGUUGAUACUUUACCAUAUACUUUAUCCACCAUUCACGAGGAAACUUCAACAAUUUCGUAUUCGACCGAGGGUACCACAACUCCUGUUGCUGAAGAAACUAGUUCUGUGUCUGUGGAAGGCAACUUGACUUUGACGACAACAGUUGUUACUGAUACUUCAGAAACUUCUACGACACUUUUCCCGGAUGUUGCUAUAACAGUUAAAGAUAUAGAUACAACUUCGUAUGACGAAAUUACAACCUCGAUCUCUUCAGAGGUACCUGGCGUUAAAGACAUUUUAGAUGAAAGCACGGAUGUUGUUCCAACGGUAGGAGAUAUUGAAACAACUGUGCCCUAUGAUGAUGGUACAAACAGUAUUACUACAGAUAGGGUUCAAAUAGUCACUCCAGUUACAUAUGUUCAUUUUACGGAGAAGAUACCAUCAUCUGGAGAUGUUGUUACAGUUACACCGGUAUGCGUAGGAGAAUACACUACGGAAACGACAACAGAUAUUACUGAAUCUAUAGAUAUGUCUAGCAGUACAACUGAGGUUGUUACAUUUGCAGACAGCUCGACUGAAAUGCAUUCGACUACCGAAAGUUCGAAUUUGAUGACAACGGAAGAUGUUACGUUGAUCACUGUAACAGCAGAGUAUCCUUUAGAACAAGAAACAACAUUUGAAAUACCGUCGACGACUGAACAAUAUUUCACUGAAUUAACAACUGAACAACAAUUAACAACGCAUCCUUCUGAUACUGAACAACAUUCUACAGAGCCAUUCUCUAUUGAGCAACAAAAAACAACUGCACAGUAUUUUACAGAACAGCCUUCAACAACCACAUAUUAUUCUACUGAACAAGCUUCAACAACUGAAUCUUAUUCCACAGAACAAUAUUCUACUGAACAACCUUCAACAACCACACAAUUUUUCACAGAACAACCUUCAACAACCACACAAUAUUUCACAGAACAACCUUCAACAAUCACACAGUAUUCUACAGAACAGCCUUCAACAACUGAACAAUAUUCAACAGAACAAAUGCCAACAUCAGAACAAUCUUCUACUCUAGAAACACCUACAAAUGCCACAGAAACAACAGGAUAUACACGUUGCAAUGAAACCAUUGACAGUAAAGACUGCAAUGUCUGUUUUAACCAUACCAAUCCAUGUUUAAACGAAACUAAAUGGAAUGUAACAAAUCAUCGGCCCGUGUGCUUCAACCUAACAGUCAACCAGAGUACAUCUAAUUGUAGCAUACUCCCAGAUACCAAAUGCGCAACGCACGACGACUGUCUCUCCCAAUUGGCCUGUAUUAAUCAACAGUGUUUGAACCCCUGCACUGUUCACAAUCCAUGUGACUUCGUCGAAGUGUGUCAUGUUCAAGAUCACAGACCCGUUUGCGUGAAAGAUAUAACGAACGGAACAGAUUGCCCUUACUGUCCAGCAGGCAUGGAGUGCGACCCAGCGACGUACACUUGCGUGAAAGCGGGUUGCACUAGCCACAAAGAUUGCCCGCUGACAGAGGCGUGCAUUGAGGGCACUUGUCAGGAACCGUGUCUCGUUUGGAACCCGUGUGCCCACAACGCGAUUUGUGUUAACACGAAUCACAAAGCAGACUGCAGUUGCGAGGAUGGUUACCACGGAAAUGGUUUCUCCUACUGUGCACCAGAAGAAGAGGGCAAAAACAUCUGCCAAUACAACGAAGAUUGUCCACCGAGCAAAUACUGCGAUCGUCUGAACAGGAAGUGUAUUGAUCCUUGCUUGGAAACAGACUGCGGUGCUAACGCUAACUGUUAUCCAGAGAAUCAUCAAGCACAAUGCAAAUGUCUGCCGGGAUUCCAAGGGAAUCCACACGUUGGUUGCACUCAAGGAUCUACGGAUCCUUGUGUUCCAAAUCCUUGCGGAUUGGACGCCAUGUGUGAGAAUGACAACGGAAAUCCAAUAUGCUUCUGCCCGAAAGGUUUAACCGGAAAUCCCUUUGAGCAAUGCAUUCCAGAGGGUGAUCAAUGCCAAGGCAAUCCUUGUGGUACCAACUCUGGCUGCCGAGUAGUAUCAGGACAAGUGAGGUGUUUCUGUCUGCCAGGAUACGAGGGAAAUCCUCCUCAAUCUCCUUGCUCGCUACCUACCAACCCUUGCGAGCCAUCGCCAUGCGGACCUAACACUCAAUGCUCGGUUUUGAACAAUGGUCUUUCGAAAUGCACCUGUUUGCCAGGAUAUAUCGAAAGUCCUAACACGAUCAGAGGAUGCGUGCCAAAAUCCGAUCAGUGUGAUCCUAAUCCUUGUGGACCAGGAGCCAAAUGCGAUGCGAACAGGAUACCACCAUGCUAUUGUCCUGGAAACACCAUUGGAAAUCCUUAUCAAAGCUGUGCUGCACCACCAGCCCAUGUGCCUGAUCCUUGUUUGCUGAUGCCCUGCGGAAAGAACGCAAUCUGCAUCGAAGAAGAUGGUGCAGCAAAAUGUAAAUGCGUGCCACCAUUCAUUGGUAAUCCGUAUAUAGACGGCUGUGAGGCAGAGUGCAUCGUGAACCAGGAUUGCGAAAAUCAUUUGGCGUGCUUCAACCAGCACUGCAGAGAUCCUUGUCCAGGUGUCUGUGGUUCAAACGCGAAAUGCGAAGUGGUUGAACACAUUCCAGUCUGUUCUUGCUUGCCUGGCUACACAGGGGAUCCAUUCAGCUCCUGUAAAGUCGAGAAGUCUCCUCUUCCGCCUCAAAACCCUUGUAUGCCAUCACCUUGUGGACCGCACAGUAUCUGUCGUGUGAUGAACGAUCGUGCAGUGUGUUCCUGCAGCCCAGGAUACCAUGGCACGCCGCCAUCCUGUCGUCCAGAAUGUCUAGUUAGCUCGGAAUGUCCUGCACAUCUGGCUUGCAUCGGGCAAAAAUGUGGAGACCCUUGUCCUGGUUUGUGCGGUCAGAACGCGUUGUGUCAGGUCGUCAAUCACAACCCUAUCUGCAGCUGUCCUCCGGAAUACGUUGGUGAUCCUUUCACCCACUGUGUCAAGGAAGAUACGCCACUACCAGGACCAAAGAAUCCUUGUCUGCCUCCACCUUGUGGUCCUAAUGCGGACUGUCGCGUGCAGGAGAACCAUCCUGUCUGUACAUGUAUCAGUGGAAUGUUUGGAGCUCCACCAAAUUGCAGACCAGAGUGUUUGAUCCAUCAGGACUGUCCAAAUUACCUGGCCUGUGUUCAGAAAAAGUGUGUCGAUCCCUGUGCCGGGUCUUGUGGGUUCAACACGAACUGCACUGUACAGAAUCAUCGUCCCAUGUGUCAGUGUUAUCAGGGCUACGAAGGGGAUCCUUUCUCUGGCUGCAGCAAAGUUAUUUUCCCUCUUGAAUUACCCUGUGAUCCAUCACCGUGCGGUGCAAACGCAGUCUGCAAAGAACGAAAUGGAGCUGGUUCGUGCACCUGUUUGCCUGAUUACACGGGAGAUCCUUAUGAGGGAUGCAGACCAGAAUGCGUUCAGAACUCUGAUUGUGUUCACACGAAGGCUUGUAUAAACAACAAGUGCAAGGAUCCGUGCAUUGGAGCUUGUGGUAUAAAUGCUCAGUGCCAAGUGAUUAAUCAUCAGCCUUCGUGCAGUUGCUUGUCCGGUUACACUGGGGAUCCUCUAAAAUCUUGUCAUAUAUCAUCUGUAACACCAUUGCCAGGUGAUCCAUGCCAACCAUCCCCGUGUGGUCCAUACAGUAAUUGUCGCGUGAUUGACAAUCACGCGGUCUGUUCCUGUCAACCAGACUACGUGGGCAGUCCACCGCAAUGUCGCCCAGAAUGCGUGGUCAGCACCGAUUGUACUCAAAACACGGCGUGCAUUGCGCAAACGUGCAGGGAUCCAUGUCCAGGCACUUGUGGCCAAAACGCUGAUUGCCAAGUCAUCAAUCACAAUCCUGUGUGCAGCUGCACGUCAGGAUACACUGGAGAUCCAUUCUUCGGAUGCGUUAAAGAACCGGAAGCAAAACAGCCUGGAACAGAACCAAGCGGCAACCCAUGCAUUCCAUCGCCCUGUGGACCGAACUCUCAGUGUCGAGUGAUAGAUGGAUUCCCCGCAUGUUCUUGUUCACCUAAUUACGUAGGCAGAGCUCCUAAUUGUCGACCUGAAUGUGUAAUCAACGAGGGUUGCCCUGGAAACCUGGCUUGUCAGAAUGAACAAUGCGUGGAUCCAUGUCCAGGUUCCUGUGGUGUGAACACCUACUGCAACGUCGUGAAGCAUAAUCCAGUUUGCAUUUGCAACACUGGAUAUACUGGAGAUCCGUUCACCGAAUGUGUACCAAUACUGGAAGAACCCACCACGACCGAACAACCACGUACACCGUGCAAUCCAUCACCCUGUGGUGCGAAUGCUGUUUGUAACGAACGAAACGGUGUAGGGUCUUGCACGUGUCUGCCAGAAUACAUCGGCGACCCGUACACAGGUUGCAGACCAGAGUGUGUCACAAACACCGAUUGCGAGCGUAACAAGGCUUGCCUCAACAACAAAUGCGUGAAUCCUUGCCCUGAUACCUGCGGUCAAGGAGCCACUUGUCGAGUGAUCAACCACGCUCCGUCCUGCUCCUGUCUGCCUGGAUACACCGGAGAUCCUUUCAACGCGUGCACUGGAAUAGAAGUAACACCAUUGCCGGUUAAUCCUUGCGAGCCUUCGCCGUGCGGACCUAACAGCAACUGCCGUGUACACAACGAACAUGCAGUGUGUCUGUGUCAACCAGGAUUCGUUGGAGUACCACCUACCUGCCGGCCAGAGUGCAUAGUCAGCUCUGAUUGUUCUCAGAACAAAGCAUGCAUCGACAACAAGUGUGCGGAUCCUUGUCCAGGGUCUUGUGGUUUGAACACCAAGUGUCUGACGAUCAAUCACAACCCUAUCUGUACCUGUGCGAACGGUUACACUGGAAAUCCAUUGGUACAAUGCACCAGGUUCAACGUGUCCCAGCCACCGUUCAAAGAUCUAGGAAAUCCUUGCUCUCCGAAUCCUUGCGGUCCGAAUUCACAGUGCAGAGUCAUCGGUUCGCAGCCAGCCUGCUCGUGUCUCUUGAACUUCGUUGGUCGACCUCCAAACUGUAGGCCAGAGUGCACAGAUAAUUCGGACUGCUUCCAUUCGGCUGCUUGUAUAGAUCAAAGAUGCAAGAAUCCUUGUCCUGGUGCCUGUGGAGAGCUGGCUAGGUGCACGGUUCAGAACCAUGUGCCUAUCUGCACGUGUCCUGAAGGGUACGAAGGGGAUGCUAGUGUCCGCUGCGUCCUGGCGCCUCCACCAACUACAGAUAUAAGUGUAUCGAAUCCGUGUUCGCCGAAUCCUUGUGGUCCAAAGGCACAGUGUCGCGAGAGAAAUGGUGCAGGAGCCUGUGCUUGUCCACCAGACUUUAUUGGAGAUCCUUAUGAUAACGAAAGGGGAUGUCACAGAGAAUGCGAAUCGAACAACGACUGUGCUCCACAGUUAGCCUGUGUUGGAUUCAAGUGCUCAGAUCCUUGUCCGAGCACCUGUGGCACACUGUCCAUCUGUAAAGUUCAACAACACGUUCCUGUGUGCACUUGUCCUCCUGGGUACACUGGAGACCCAUACUACGCUUGUGAAAUUAAAGAAAUGACAAGAGUACCUCCGUUGGAUCCAUGUUCACCAUCACCAUGCGGACCCAACAGCAAGUGUCGCGAAGUGAAUGGUCAAGCAGUGUGCACCUGUCUUCCGGAAUACAGAGGAAUUCCGCCAAACUGUAGGCCGGAAUGUGUGGUCAAUGCUGAAUGUCCACCUCACGUAGCCUGUCUAAACAAGAAAUGUGUUGAUCCUUGUCCGAACACUUGUGGAUUGAGAGCACAGUGCACCACGAAGAAUCACAAUCCGAUCUGUACCUGUCCAGUUGGUUUUACAGGAGAUCCUUUCACCCAAUGUUCUCCUUAUCCUAUAGACGUCCCUUCGACCACGGAAAGACCACCAUCUUGCACUCCAUCGCCGUGUGGUCCAAAUUCUUUAUGCCAUAUCAUAUCCGGAAACCCAGCGUGUUCCUGUCUACCAAAUUACAUCGGUGUACCUCCAGAAUGUCGACCAGAGUGCAUAUUGAGUUCCGAAUGCAAGAGUCAUUUCGCUUGUGUCAAUCAGAGGUGUCAGGAUCCUUGUCCAGGAUCGUGUGGUGUCAACGCUCAGUGCCAUGUUCUCAAUCACAUACCCGUCUGCACGUGUAUGGAGGAUUUCACCGGCGAUCCAUUCACGCACUGCACAAUCAUUCCUCCGACUGCCUUACCGCCUGUUAGUGAUCCGUGCAGUCCAUCACCUUGCGGAUCAAACGCAAUAUGCAACAACGGCGAUUGCAAAUGUCUGCCAGAAUACAUCGGCAAUCCAUACGAAUCCUGUCGACCACAGUGUAUCCUUAACUCGGAGUGUCCACGCGACAAUACCUGCCUGAAAAAUAAAUGCAAGGAUCCUUGUCCAGGAACGUGCGGACAGAACGCGGUUUGCGACGUGGUGAAUCAUAUUCCUGUUUGCUCUUGCCUGGCUGGUUACGUAGGAGAUCCGUUUGUUAGCUGUCGAGUUCAACCACAAGUUCCUCAACCAUCGAAAGAUCCAUGCUCGCCCGUUUCACCCUGUGGACCAAACAGCCAGUGUCGCAACAUAGAGGAUCAUGCUGUGUGUUCCUGUCUUCAAGGAUACCUAGGCUCCCCACCGUCUUGUAGACCAGAAUGUGUAGUCAGUUCGGAGUGUCCGCCAACUCGUGCUUGCAUCAACAAAAAGUGUACAGAUCCCUGCUUAGGAUCCUGUGGAUUGAACGCUAGGUGCGAAGUGAUCAACCAUUCGCCAAUUUGCAGUUGUCUUCCUGGUCAGACUGGAGAUCCCUUCAAGAGCUGUUAUGACAUUUCAAUUCCACCAGAUGUCAAAAACACGGGAGAUCCUUGCAAACCUUCACCCUGUGGACCAAACGCUCAGUGCCAGAACGCAAAUGGAUAUCCAUCAUGCUCUUGUCUUCCUUCCUACAUAGGUACACCUCCAUCCUGCCGUCCAGAGUGUCUCAUCAAUCCUGACUGUCCCACCGAUAAGGCGUGUAUUAACUCAAAGUGUACAGAUCCUUGCCUAGGAUCUUGCGCGGAGAACGCUAGGUGUCUGGUUGUGAACCACGCCGUUACGUGUUCGUGCACAUCCGGUUACACGGGAAAUCCGUUCGUCCAAUGCAUCGUGUUGGAAGAGGAAGCGAUUAAUCCAUGCGAACCAUCACCUUGCGGGCCUAAUGCCAUCUGCCAGCAACGCGACAAUGUUGGUGCCUGCAUCUGUAUCGACGACUACCACGGAAAUCCUUACGAAGGAUGUCAGCCAGAAUGCAUACUCAGUUCCGACUGUCCAACCAACAAGGCCUGUGUCCGCAACAAGUGCGAAGAUCCCUGUCCAGGAAUCUGUGGCAUCCAGGCUCAAUGUUCAGUCAUCAACCAUAUUCCAACCUGCACCUGUCAGCCUGGUUACAUAGGAGAUCCUUUCACCAGUUGCACUCUGCCGCUAAAUCCGGAAACGGAACCCACAGUGUUCCUCCCAUGCAACCCAUCUCCGUGUGGACCUAACAGCUUGUGUCGAGCCAAUAAUGAACAAGCCGUGUGUUCUUGUCAGGAAUCUUACGUUGGUUCCCCUCCAAAUUGCAAACCUGAAUGUGUCGUGAACUCCGAGUGCCCUCAAAAUAGAGCCUGUUAUAAGUACAAGUGUACCGAUCCUUGUCCUGGAACCUGCGGAGUGGGAGCCAAUUGCCGGGUGAUCAAUCACAAUCCCUUGUGCAGUUGUCCUCAAGGAAUGACUGGGGAUCCUUUCUCCAGGUGCUACCCUCAUACAGAGACACCAAUGCCACCGGCGGGUGAUCCUUGCACACCAAGUCCUUGCGGUCUGUACGCAGAGUGCAGGGCAAUCGGUAAUCAAGCCGCUUGCUCUUGCUUAAAGAACUACAUCGGACUUCCGCCGAACUGUCGUCCCGAAUGCGUCGUCAACACGGACUGUGCAUCGAAUCAGGCGUGCAUUUCAGAGAAAUGUCGAGAUCCUUGCGUCGGAUCCUGCGGCCAGAACGCGGACUGCAGGGUGCAGAAUCAUAUUCCUGUUUGCUUGUGCCAGACAGAAUACACCGGUGAUCCUUUCACGCUAUGCUCGCAGAUAAUGCAACAACCAAAAAUACCCGAAGAUCGUUGCAACCCAUCACCAUGCGGACCGAACGCAGAAUGCAACGACGGAGUUUGUGCUUGCCUUCCAAAUUACUUUGGCGAUCCUUACUCCUAUUGCCGUCCAGAGUGCACUAUGAAUUCGGAUUGUUCUCGAGUGAAAGCUUGUGUCAAUCAUUACUGCGUCGAUCCAUGCGUUGGCACGUGUGGAACGAGUGCAAGGUGUGAUGUGGUUAAUCACAUUCCUAUGUGCAGUUGUCCCCCAGGAACCACUGGAGAUCCGUUCACUCUUUGUCGACAGCAUCUGCCCGACGAACCAAGAAAACAACCUUGCACCCCGUCUCCCUGUGGAGCGAACAGUGUCUGCAAAGUAGCGAACGAUCAUGCAGUCUGUUCUUGCCAACCAGGAUUCAUUGGCAGUCCUCCUGCCUGCAGACCAGAAUGCGUGGUCAGCGCAGAGUGUCCUUUGACCCAGGCGUGUCUCAACAACAAGUGCCAGGAUCCUUGUCCUGGUACCUGCGGUCAGAACACGAGGUGUCAAGUGGUCAAUCACAAUCCAAUAUGCAGCUGCCACGAUGGACAUACUGGCGAUCCGUUCACCAGAUGUUAUCCGAUGCCCAAGACACCGCCGGUACCAACGAAUCCAUGCCAACCAUCUCCGUGUGGACCAAACGCAGAGUGUCAAGUGAGGGGCGACAGUCCAGCUUGUUCGUGUAUAGAAAAUUAUAUCGGUGUUCCGCCAAAUUGUAGACCGGAGUGUACGAUCAAUCCGGAGUGUCCUCCGCAUUUAGCGUGUAUGCAACAAAAGUGUCGCGAUCCGUGUGCCGGUUUGUGCGGUUUGAACGCGCAGUGUUCGGUAGUGAAUCACCACGCGGUCUGUGCUUGUGUCGAAGGUUACACCGGAAAUCCGUUCAGCGUUUGUGAGCCGUACACCAAGGAUACACCCCCAGACCUUAGGAAACCAUGCGAGCCUUCCCCAUGCGGUACAAAUGCGAUUUGUCGCGAGAACAACGGCGUUGGUUCCUGUUCCUGUUUGCCAGACUACAUAGGUGACCCAUACGAAGGAUGCAGACCCGAAUGUACCCAAAAUUCCGAUUGCGCCAAGACGAUGGCCUGUAUGGGCCUGAAGUGCAGAGACCCUUGCCCAGGAACCUGUGGAUUCCAAGCCCGAUGCGAAACGAUCAAUCACCUUCCAGUCUGUUCUUGCAACCCUGGAUACACUGGCGAUCCCUUUGCAUAUUGUACUCCGCCCCCUGUUUCAGAUUUAAUACCUUCAGAACCAUGUAGUCCCUCCCCCUGUGGACCGAACAGUAAGUGUCGAAACGUGAACGACCAUGCCGUGUGUACCUGCCUGGCGAAUUUCAUUGGAAAUCCACCGAACUGUCGACCCGAAUGCGUGGUGAACAGCGAGUGUCCCUUGGAACUGGCGUGCAUCAAUCAGAAGUGCACGUCACCCUGUACCAACUCGUGUGGUAUCAACACGCAAUGCAAGGUGAUCAACCACAGUCCCAUUUGCAUCUGUAAUCUUGGAUAUACUGGAGACCCGUUUACCAAAUGUUUCCCUGCUCCACAACCGCCUCAGUGCGACUGCUCCCCAGUCCCGAGAGACCCCUGCGUACCAUCGCCUUGCGGUAUGUACGCAGAGUGUAGGAAUAUCGGCGGAAUUCCAUCCUGUUCCUGUUUGCCACGAUACAUCGGAUCCCCGCCCAACUGUCGACCAGAAUGUCGCGUAAACUCCGACUGCCCCAUGAACCUCGCGUGUUCCAGCGAGAAGUGCAGAGAUCCUUGCCAAGGAUCCUGCGGUGUCACCUCCUUGUGCACGGUUUACAACCACGUGCCCAUGUGCACCUGUCCCGAAGGAUACACCGGCGAUCCCUUCAGUAAUUGCUACCCUCUACCCAUCCAGCCAACUAUGCCAGCUGUCAUUGACCCAUGCGCCCUGUCGCCCUGUGGCCCUAAUACACGUUGCGACAAUGGUGUCUGUACCUGUUUGGACGAGUAUCAGGGUAACCCUUACGUAGGCUGUCGACCAGAGUGUGUCCUGAAUACGGAUUGCCCGCAGAAUCGUGCCUGUGUGAGGAACAAGUGCGUUGAUCCUUGUCCAGGCAUCUGUGGCGAAAAUGCACAGUGUCUGGUGCAUAAUCACAUACCCAUGUGCAGUUGUAUUAAGGGAAUGGUUGGAAAUGCUUUCGUUCGAUGUUCUGUCCUUCAAGAUUCAGUAAAGAGGAACCCGUGCUCACCUUCGCCUUGCGGACCAAACAGUGUCUGUAGGGAGAUAAACGAGCAGCCUGUCUGCGCCUGUGUGGCAGGAUUCUUGGGUGUACCGCCUGCCUGCAGGCCAGAAUGUGCCGUCAGCUCCGAUUGUCCCCUGACAGAGGCUUGUAGUAAUCAGAAAUGUAUAAAUCCAUGUCCUGGUUCUUGUGGAUUCAGCGCUCUUUGCAACGUAGUCAAUCACAACCCUGUAUGCAGUUGUCCGCCAGGAUUCCCUGGCAAUCCUUUCGUUGACUGCUCUCUAGGACCUCCGAUACUCUCUUUGCUGGAAAAUGCAUGCGAGCCAAACCCUUGUGGACCUAACUCUCAGUGUCGAGUCGUGAACAACCAAGUUUCCUGUUCCUGUUUGUCGGAAUUUACAGGUUCUCCUCCUAAUUGUAGGCCAGAAUGCAUCAGCAACAACGAGUGUCCUAGCCACUUGGCUUGUGUCAAUCAAAAGUGUAGAGAUCCCUGUCCUGGAUCCUGUGGAGCCAAUGCAGAGUGUCGCGUGGUCAGUCAUACACCCAUGUGUGUCUGUCCUAACGACUACACAGGCGAUCCUUUUACUCAAUGUACUCCCAGACCACCUGUACCCUUUGAUCUAUCUCCUUGUAAACCGUCACCGUGCGGUUUCAACGCGAUAUGCAAGGAACAGAACAGUGUUGGUUCGUGUUCCUGUUUACCCGACUACAUCGGCAACCCUUACGAAGGCUGUCGACCCGAGUGCGUUCUCGACUCGGAUUGUCCGCCUACGUUCAGUUGCAUACGUUCCAAGUGUCAAGACCCUUGUCCAGGCACCUGUGGCACGAACACCGAGUGCAGAGUCAUCAAUCAUCGACCCGCCUGCAUGUGCAUCCCUGGAUAUAGCGGAAAUCCAUUCCAAUACUGUAUUUUGAUACUCGAAAUAGAAGAUAAAACCAAAUACAAGGACCCAUGCCAACCCUCGCCCUGUGGACCAAAUAGUCAGUGUCGAGUAGUAAACGGGCAAGGAGUUUGCUCCUGUCUACCGGAAUACACAGGAUCCCCACCCAUGUGUCGUCCCGAGUGUGUUCUGAAUACAGAUUGUCCUCAGGAUCGCGCGUGUGUUAAUCAAAAAUGCACUAAUCCGUGUCCUGCUUCGUGCGGCACGUUCGCUACCUGCGUAGUCAGGAACCAUAGCCCGAUUUGUGCCUGUAGGGAAUCGUACACUGGUGAUCCAUUCACUAGAUGCUUCCCCAUGCAACAAUCUCUACCUCCCGCAGUAGUCGAACCGUGUUUGCCUUCUCCUUGCGGUCCGAAUUCCGAAUGUCGCGUAGUUAAUGGUGGUCCAUCUUGCCAGUGUUUGCCCACCUACAUGGGAAGUCCUCCCAAUUGUAGACCGGAGUGCAUCAUAAACUCGGAUUGUCCUAGCAAUAGAGCUUGCAUAGGACAGAGGUGUAUGGAUCCUUGCCCAGGAUCCUGUGGAGUGUCAACCCAGUGCAACGUGAUCAAUCACGUGCCUAUUUGCACUUGCCUUCAGGGUUACACCGGAGAUCCCUUCAGCAAUUGUUACCCAACACCACCCCAACUACCAACUCCUGAAUCAGACCCCUGUAAUCCGUCACCUUGCGGACCAAACGCACAGUGCAACGCAGGAGUGUGCAUUUGCUUGCCAGAGUAUCAGGGUGAUCCCUACACCAGUUGUCGACCAGAAUGUGUCCUUAACAAUGACUGUCCUCUGAACAGAGCCUGUGUUCGCAACAAGUGCGUGGAUCCGUGUAUAGGUACCUGUGGCAGGAAUACGCUAUGCAAUGUCCUGAACCAUGUACCCAUGUGCAGUUGCCCACCUGGAAUGGAUGGUAAUGCGUUCAUCUCCUGUGAUCCAAUGGCAGAACCAAUUUUAGUGAACCCCUGUAACCCGUCCCCCUGCGGACCCAACAGUCAAUGUCGAGCAAUAAACGAACAAGCCGUAUGUUCCUGCGUGCCAGGAUAUCUUGGUACUCCACCCUCGUGUAGGCCAGAGUGCGUGGUCAGUUCAGAUUGCCCUAGGAACCAAGCUUGUAACAACCAGAAGUGUAUCGACCCUUGUUUGGGUACUUGUGGGCUGAAAGCACUUUGUCAAGUCGUCAACCAUAAUCCUGUGUGCAGCUGUCCAUCUGGCUUCACAGGCGACCCCUUCGCUAGAUGCGAAUUCAUCACUGUGAGCGCAACACAGGAAGACACGUGUGCCUCUUGUCAAUGCGGUCCCAAUUCCGUGUUCCAAAUGAUCAAUGACAAACCGUCUUGCGCCUGUUUGCCCAACUUUAUCGGUUCCCCGCCAAAUUGUAGACCGGAAUGUGUGAGCAACAGCGAGUGUUCAAGCGAUUUGGCCUGCAUCAAUCGAAAGUGUCAAGAUCCAUGCCCAGGCUCGUGUGGUUCGAACGCGGAGUGUCGGGUGGUCAGUCAUACACCGAUGUGCGCCUGUCUCAGUGGCUACGCAGGCGAUCCGUUCGCCCAAUGCUUCCUGAAACGACCUGAGAUUCAAUCCCCGCCGCAGUCACCCUGCACACCAUCACCCUGUGGUCCUAACGCGAUAUGCAAAGAACUAAACGGAGCAGGAUCCUGUUCUUGUGCCCCGGAUUACAUAGGAAACCCGUACGAAGGAUGUCGACCGGAAUGCACCGUGAAUUCCGAUUGUCCCUCAAACUUGGCCUGCAUAAGAUCCAAGUGCCAGAAUCCUUGUCCUGGCACGUGCGGCCAAAACGCUGAUUGUGUGGUGAUAAAUCACUUACCAAGCUGCACUUGUCUGGCUGGAUUCACGGGUGAUCCUUUCGUGAACUGUUACGUUCAACCGACGACUCCCCCUCUCGAAAGAAACCCGUGUAGCCCGUCGCCAUGCGGGCCCAACAGUCAGUGCCGUGUUACAAAUGGCCAAGCUGUCUGUUCUUGCCUCCCUGAAUACGUUGGCAGCCCUCCAGGAUGUCGACCGGAAUGUGUAGUCAGUUCAGAAUGUCCUUUGGACAAAGCUUGCGUUAAUCAGAAGUGUACCGAGCCCUGUCCCGGUCACUGUGGUACCAACACCGACUGCAGAGUCAUGAACCACAGUCCUAUCUGUGCUUGCAAGCUGGACUUCACUGGCGACCCAUUCACCAGAUGUUUCCCAACACCAAAACCAUUGCCAAGCCCCGUUGAAAACCCUUGUGUACCAUCACCCUGUGGACCGUAUUCAGAAUGCCGCGAUAUCGGAGGUUCUCCAUCUUGUACCUGUUUACCAAAUUACAUGGGCAGCCCACCGAAUUGUAGACCAGAAUGUACGAUAAAUCCUGACUGCCCCAGCAAUCGUGCUUGCAUAAGCGAGAAGUGCAGAGAUCCGUGUCCUGGUUCGUGCGGUUUUGGCGCAAUUUGUAACGUGGUUCAUCAUACACCAGCGUGUUCUUGUCCCGAGAGUUUUACAGGAGAUCCUUUCACUAAUUGCCAGCCACUGCCGCCUCAACCGUUAAACGUUCCAUCAGACCUUUGCAACCCCUCACCUUGUGGCCCGAACGCAGAAUGCAAUAAUGGUGUCUGUACUUGCCUACCCGAGUACCAAGGAAACCCAUACGAACUUUGUCGACCCGAAUGCGUUCUGAACAGCGAUUGUCCCACGAACAGAGCUUGCAUUCGUAACAAAUGCGCAGAUCCUUGCAUCGACACUUGCGGUCAAAAUGCAGUGUGCAACGUAUACAAUCAUAUCCCCAUGUGCAGCUGUCCACCUGGGAUGUUCGGAAAUGCAUUCGUAAUCUGUUCCGUCUUCCAAGGUGCAUAUCACCUAAUCAGUUCCUGUUUCAUAUAUUUCUUUAAUAUAGCACGCCCAGGACCGUCGGACCCUUGUAGACCUUCUCCUUGUGGCCCGAACAGCCAGUGUCGUGUGGUGAACGACCAAGCAGUGUGUUCGUGUGUCCAGGGAUACCUAGGCACUCCACCAUCUUGUAGACCCGAGUGCGUCGUCAGUUCCGACUGUCCGCGUAAUCUAGCAUGCAGCAAUCAGAAAUGCAUAGAUCCUUGCCUAGGUACCUGUGGUCUAAGGACACAGUGCCAAGUUGCCAAUCAUAAUCCCAUUUGUAGCUGCCUUCCAAGGCAUUCCGGGGAUCCUUUCACCAGAUGCGACCCAAUAAUUGAAACAUCACUCGAGCUAGUGAACCCUUGUCAGCCGUCUCCCUGUGGGCCAAACUCCCAGUGCCGUGUGGUGAACGACUCACCCUCUUGCAGUUGUCUGUCCGAAUUUACUGGAACCCCGCCAAAUUGCAGACCAGAGUGCAUCAGCAACAGCGAAUGCCCUGCCCAUCUAGCUUGCAUGAAUCAAAAGUGCAGAGAUCCAUGUCCCGGUGCCUGUGGAUCGAAUACGGAAUGUCGUGUGGUCAGUCACACGCCCAUGUGCGUGUGCCUCAGUGGAUACACUGGAGACCCUUUCACGCAAUGCCUUAUGCAACAACCAACGAUUGUCGAGAACGUGUCACCCUGUACACCAUCACCAUGCGGAGCAAAUGCUUUGUGCAAAGAGCAAAACGGAGCAGGUUCCUGCACCUGUUUGCAAGAUUAUAUUGGAAACCCUUAUGAAGGUUGUCGCCCAGAGUGUACCGUGAAUUCUGACUGUGUGUCCAAUAUGGCUUGCGUUCGUUCCAAGUGUCAGAAUCCUUGUCCAGGAACUUGUGGUCAAAAUGCAGUCUGUCAAGUGAUCAACCAUUCGCCAGCUUGCACCUGCAUGUCUGGUUACACAGGCGAUCCAUUUAGAUAUUGUAAUCUUAUCGUACAAUCCGAACCAGUUACAAGAGAACCAUGCAAUCCAUCUCCCUGCGGGCCAAAUAGUCAAUGUAGAGUGGUUAACAAUCAACCGGUUUGCACCUGUCUACCAGAAUACAUUGGAAGUCCUCCCGGAUGUCGACCAGAAUGUGUAGUGAGCUCAGAGUGCCCCACUAAUAGGGCUUGUGUUAACAACAAGUGCGUGAACCCUUGCCCUGAACCGUGUGGAUCAAACACCAACUGCAUGGUCUUGAACCACAGCCCAAUGUGCAGUUGCAAACAGGGCUACACUGGAGAUCCUUUCAGUAGAUGUUUCCCUGUACCAAGACCUGCACCUGGCCCAAUCUCACAGAACCCUUGUGUGCCUUCACCCUGUGGACCUUACGCAGAAUGUCGCGACAUUGGGAGUACACCAUCCUGCUCUUGUCUGUCAUCUUAUAUUGGCAGCCCACCUAACUGUAGACCUGAAUGUACUAUCAAUUCCGAUUGCCCAAGUAGUCAGGCAUGCAUAAACGAGAGAUGCAGGGAUCCUUGUCCAGGAUCUUGUGGAUUAUCAGCUACCUGUAACAUCAUCAAUCAUACACCGUCUUGCACUUGCCCAGACGGUUUCACGGGAGAUCCAUUCACAAAUUGUUAUCCCAAACCAAUAGAAGAACCAGUGAUACCUGCUGAUCCCUGUAAUCCCUCCCCUUGUGGACCGAACACUGUGUGCACAGACGGUACUUGUUCGUGUCUGCCAGAAUAUCAAGGAGACCCUUACGCUGGUUGUCGACCAGAGUGUGUUCUCAACAAUGACUGUCCUUUACCUCAAGCCUGCAUUCGCAAUAAAUGCGUGGACCCGUGUCCUGGAACUUGUGGUCAGAAUGCACAGUGCAAUGUCUACAAUCAUAUUCCCAUGUGUAGCUGUCUGCCUGGAACGACAGGGAACGCUUUCGUUUCUUGUCGUCCAAGCAGAGGACCCGAAGACCCAUGCAAUCCAUCUCCCUGCGGACCAAACAGUGUCUGUCGCGUAGUUAACGAGCAAGCAGUUUGCUCUUGCGUGGCUAAUUUCAUUGGAACACCUCCUUCGUGCAGACCAGAAUGUACUGUCAGUUCUGAUUGUCCAAAGAAUCAGGCUUGCAGCAAUCAGAGGUGUAUGAAUCCUUGCGCUGGAUCCUGCGGCGUUAGGGCUCAGUGUCAAGUGAUAAAUCAUAAUCCUGUGUGCAGUUGUCCAGGAGGCUUCACCGGUGAUCCUUUCGUUAGAUGCGAACUAAAACCGGAAGAACCGCCAAUUCCUAUCAAUCCUUGCCAGCCUUCGCCCUGCGGACCCAACACGAUGUGCCAAGUGGUGAACGAUUCACCUUCGUGUUCUUGUUUGCCUGAAUUCACGGGGAAACCUCCAAACUGUAGACCAGAAUGCAUCAGCAAUAGCGAAUGCCCUAAUCAUUUGGCAUGCAUGAACAACAAAUGCAGAGAUCCAUGUCCUGGCUCUUGUAGGGCUAAUUCCGACUGUCGCGUAGUGAGUCACACAGCGAUGUGUAUGUGUCUUGUUGGUUACGAGGGAGAUCCCUUCACACAGUGUGUUCAGAAACAAAACGAUGUACAGCCAAUUAUUUCAACUCCAUGCACUCCAACCCCAUGUGGUUCGAAUGCUAUUUGUAAAGAGCAAGGUGAAGUGGGUUCUUGCACCUGUUUACCCGACUAUAUUGGCAACCCUUACGAAGGCUGUCGUCCAGAGUGCGUCAUGAACUCUGAUUGCAUGUCGACACGCGCUUGCAUUCGUUCUAAGUGCCAGGAUCCAUGUCCUGGAGCUUGUGGUACGAACGCCGAGUGUCAAGUUGUCAAUCACUUACCAACUUGUACCUGUUUCCCUGGCUACACUGGACAACCUUACCAAUUUUGUCAAUCAAUUACACAGCUUGUUGAACAUAGGAAAGAUCCAUGUUCCCCAUCACCCUGCGGACCAAAUAGUCAGUGUCAAGUUGUUAACGAUCAAGCAGUUUGUUCCUGUUUACCGCAAUAUAUUGGUACUCCACCUGGAUGUCGACCAGAAUGCGUGGUUAGCUCGGAAUGUCCAUCGAAUCUCGCGUGUAUUAAUCAGAAAUGCAAAAAUCCUUGUCCUGGACCUUGUGGUGUCAACGCAGAAUGUAACGUCAUCCAUCACAGUCCCAUAUGUGCCUGUAGACAAAGGUACACCGGUGAUCCGUUUACACGUUGCUUCCCAAUGCCAGAAAUUCCACCAACAAUGGUACCGUUUAAUCCUUGCGUGCCUUCACCCUGCGGUUCGAAUGCAGAGUGUCGCGAUAUCAACGGUCUAUCUUCUUGUUCCUGUUUGCAAAAUUACAUAGGCAGUCCACCAAAUUGUCGUCCAGAAUGUACAGUGAACUCUGACUGCUCACUUAAUCAAGCUUGCAUGAGAGAAAAGUGUAGGGACCCGUGUCCUGGCUCUUGUGGCAUCUUUGCUCAGUGCAGCGUGUUUAAUCACCUGCCAAUUUGUAGCUGCAUAGAAGGUUAUACCGGAGAUCCUUUCACCAAUUGCUAUCCAAAACCGCCAGCACAACCAACAGUUCCUGAUGAUCCUUGCAAUCCAUCACCUUGUGGAUCGAACACAGAAUGCACCAAUGGUAUCUGUUCUUGUCUGGCUGAGUACAAAGGUGAUCCUUACGUAGGCUGCCGACCAGAAUGUGUCCUCAACACUGAUUGUCCCACAAAUCAGGCAUGUGUCCGCAACAAGUGUACCGAUCCUUGUAUCAACACUUGUGGACAGAAUGCUAUUUGCAAUGUUUUCAAUCACAUACCAAUGUGCAGUUGCGCACCUGGUACCAGUGGCAACGCUUUCGUGAUUUGUUCCCCGAUGCAAGAAGUAAGCCCGGAAACACCAUGCAAUCCUUCUCCAUGCGGUCCAAACAGUCAGUGUCGUAAUGUCAAUGGACAGGCAGUCUGUUCUUGCGUACCUGGUUACGUUGGAAGCCCUCCAUCUUGUAGGCCAGAGUGCACAGUGAGCUCAGAUUGUCCCAGGAACGAAGCUUGUAGUAACUUGAAGUGCGUGAAUCCUUGUAUAGGAAGCUGUGGCAUUCGUGCACAGUGCCAGGUCAUCAAUCACAAUCCCAUAUGCAGUUGUCCUGCAGGAUUGUCCGGGGAUCCUUUCUUCAGAUGCGACCCCAUCAUGGAAACGAAACCAGAAAUUAUAAACGUAUGCAAGCCAUCACCGUGCGGUCCUAACGCCUUGUGUCAGGUGGUGAAUGAUUCACCAUCGUGCACCUGCAUGGCUGGAUUUAUCAAUUCUCCACCUAACUGUCGUCCUGAAUGUGUCAGCAAUAGCGAAUGUUUAGCCCAUCACGCUUGCAUAAACCAAAAAUGCAGAGAUCCAUGUCCUGGCUCGUGUGGAGCGAACGCCGAUUGUCGUGUGGUCAGCCAUACGCCCAUGUGUGCUUGCUCCAAUGGGUACACGGGUGAUCCGUUCACGCAAUGCGUUCAAUUUGAAGAAUCGAUUCCAACAUCUCCUUGCACACCGUCACCCUGCGGUUCAAACGCUGUUUGCAAAGAGCAAAACGGAGCUGGAUCUUGUAGUUGUCUACCGGAAUACAUUGGCAAUCCUUACGAAGGAUGUCGACCAGAGUGUACAGUUAGCUCAGACUGUCCAUCGAACCUCGCCUGUAUAAGAAAUAAAUGUCAGAACCCUUGUCCAGGAACCUGCGGACAGGAUGCUGUCUGCCAGGUCAUUAAUCAUUCACCUAUGUGCACUUGCCUUCCUGGUUUCACAGGAGAUCCAUUCAGAUACUGUCAAUUUUCGAGAGAACCUGUCAUAGGAGAUGAAAUAGACCCGUGCAUUCCAUCGCCCUGCGGACCAAACAGUCAAUGCCGCGUGGUCUCUGGAAACCCCGUAUGCUCUUGCCUCCCCGAAUACACCGGAAGUCCUCCCUCGUGUCGUCCCGAAUGCGUCGUGAGCUCAGACUGUCCCUCGAAUCGUGCCUGUGUGAAUCAGAAGUGUGUGAACCCAUGUCCGCGACCCUGUGGACAGAACACUAAUUGUCUAGUCGUCAAUCACAGUCCUAUUUGUACCUGCAAAGACGGAAAUACUGGUAACCCUUUCACCAGAUGUUUCCCUCUUCCACCUCAAUCAACGUUACCUAAUCUACCUCAAAACCCCUGCGUACCAUCCCCUUGCGGUCCGUAUUCGGAAUGUCGGGAUAUCGGUGGUGCACCAUCUUGUUCCUGUUUAGCUAAUUACUUUGGUAGCCCACCGAACUGUAGACCAGAGUGUACGGUGAAUUCAGACUGCCCCAGUGACCGAUCGUGCAUCAGACAAACAUGUACCGAUCCCUGUCCAGGGUCGUGCGGUGUGUCAGCUAGGUGCACAGUUUUCAAUCAUCUACCAAUUUGUACUUGUCUUGAGGGAUUCACUGGUGAUCCUUUCAGCAGUUGUUCUCCUGCCCCACCAGCAGAAAUAGUACCCGAAGACCCGUGUAACCCAUCGCCUUGUGGUCCAAAUGCACAGUGCAGCAAUGGUGUAUGCACGUGUUUAGCGGAGUAUCGAGGCGAUCCUUAUGUGGGUUGUCGACCAGAAUGUGUUUUGAACACUGAUUGUUCCUUGAAUCAAGCUUGCCUACGCAACAAGUGCAUUGAUCCUUGCGUUGGCACCUGUGGACAAGGUGCAACUUGCAAUGUUUACAAUCACGUGCCUAUGUGCAGUUGUCCGAUUGGAAUGACAGGCAAUGCAUUCGUAUCUUGCACUCCAUUUAGAGACCCUAUCGUGACAAAUCCCUGCAAUCCAACACCCUGCGGACCAAACAGUCAGUGCAGAGAAGCGAACGGGCAAGCCGUAUGCACUUGUAUCCAAGGCUUUGUCGGUAUUCCACCAACUUGCAGGCCGGAAUGUGUAGUAAGCACAGAUUGCGGACCAACUGAAGCUUGUAUUAAUCAGAAAUGUAGCAAUCCAUGCGUUGGAUCUUGUGGAAUCAGAGCAACCUGUCAAGUGGUUAAUCACAAUCCAAUUUGUAAUUGUCCACCUAGUAUGACCGGUGAUCCAUUCGUGAGAUGUAUCGAAAAACCAUUGGAAAUACCACCACGGCAAAACCCAUGCGAACCAUCGCCAUGUGGUCCGAACGCUCAAUGUCAAGUGAUCAAUGAUUCCCCAUCGUGUUCCUGUCUACCAGAAUUCACUGGUUCACCUCCUAAUUGUAGACCAGAAUGUAUAAGCAACAGUGAAUGCCCGAGUAAUUUAGCGUGCAUCAAUCAGAGGUGCAGAGAUCCUUGUCCUGGAUCAUGUGGCACGAAUGCAAUUUGCAACACGGUGUCCCAUACACCCAUGUGCACUUGCUCUCCUGGAUACACUGGUGAUCCAUUUACCCAGUGUGUCGUGCAACAACUUAUACCAAUGUACGUACCAAGACCCUGUGUUCCAUCUCCUUGCGGAGCAAACGCUAUCUGCAGUGAUCGAAACGGUGUAGGAGCAUGCUCCUGUUUGCCAGGAUAUCUGGGUAAUCCAUACGAGGGUUGUCGACCAGAAUGCGUUCUAAAUUCAGACUGCGUCCCCAGUAAAAGUUGUGUUCAAUCGAAAUGCGCGGAUCCUUGUCCUGGUACCUGUGGCCAGAAUGCAGUCUGCCAGGUGAUCAAUCACGUGGCAACUUGCAACUGUUUGCCCAGGUUCACUGGUGAUCCCUUCAGAUUCUGUAGAGAAGAAGACAUAGUCACUUUACCGAACGUGAAAAAUCCUUGCCAACCAUCACCCUGUGGACCCAACAGUGUCUGUCGAGAAAACAAUGGACAAGCAGUUUGCUCCUGUUUGCCAAACUACCUUGGCUCUCCACCUGGAUGCAGACCAGAGUGCGUGACGAGCGCAGAGUGUCCUUCGAAUCGCGUAUGCGUUAACCAGAAGUGCACUGAUCCUUGUCCUGAUCCUUGUGGAAGAAAUACAAUUUGCAAUGUCAUCAAUCACAGUCCAAUCUGUUCUUGUCAGCAAGGUUUCACAGGAGACGCGUUCACGAUCUGCUUCCCUAUUCCACGUCCUCCACCAGAGGCAGUAAGACCAGCUGAACAAGAUCCUUGCCUACCAUCACCCUGUGGACCAUACUCUCAAUGCAGAAACAUUGCUGGCAAUCCUUCUUGCUCUUGUUCAACCCCGUACAUUGGCGCUCCACCUAAUUGCAGACCAGAAUGCACGAUAAAUGCUGAAUGUGCUAGUGCACUCGCUUGUGUCAGAGAAAAGUGCUCGGAUCCUUGUCCAGGAUCUUGUGGUUUCGGAGCCAGAUGUACUGUUCUCAAUCACGUACCAAUUUGUUCUUGUCCUGAAGGAUACACUGGAGAUCCUUUCAGCAGUUGUGUGCCGAAACCAAUUAUUCCCAUAGAACCAUUGACAGACCCUUGCAACCCUUCACCAUGUGGGGCAAAUGCCCUUUGUCGCGAUGGUGUUUGCACGUGUCUUCCAGAAUUUCAAGGAGAUCCCUACAGUGGUUGUCGUCCUGAGUGUAUCAUGAACAACGAUUGUCUUCGUGACAGAGCGUGCAUAAGAAACAAAUGCGUUGAUCCGUGCAUAGGAACAUGCGGACAAAACGCACAGUGUCAAACAAUCAAUCACGUUCCCAUGUGCAGCUGCCCAGCUGGAAUGUCAGGAAACGCUUUCGUUUCUUGUUCUCCAGUACAGGAAGACGUAGUUACAAAUCCAUGCUCCCCAUCACCGUGUGGACCGAACAGUCAUUGUCAAGAAGUGAACGGAAUCCCAGUUUGCAAGUGUAUAGAAGGUUUCACAGGGAAUCCACCUAUGUGUCGACCAGAAUGUGUCGUUAGUUCUGAUUGCGAAUUAUCGAAAGCUUGCAUCAACCAGAAAUGUAGAGAUCCUUGUCCAGGAACCUGUGGUUUGAGAGCAGAGUGCUCUGUGGUGAAUCACAACCCUAUUUGCAGGUGUCCCCAAGGUUUAACUGGCGAUCCUUUCGCUGCUUGCACAAAUAUAGUUGAAAUGUCUCCAGAACCGAUCAAUCCGUGUUACCCAUCACCAUGCGGUCCAAACGCUCAGUGUCAAGUGGUGAAUCAAGCACCUUCGUGCUCUUGUUUGCCAGAAUUCACAGGAUCGCCACCGAAUUGUAGACCCGAAUGUGUUAGUAACAGUGAGUGCCCUAUUCGCGAGGCUUGUAUCAAUCAGAAGUGCAGGAAUCCUUGUCCCGGUUUGUGUGGAGCUAAUGCUGAAUGUAGCAUGUUCAGUCAUACUCCAAUGUGUUCUUGUCGUUCGGGCUUUACGGGAGAUCCUUUUGCUCAAUGUACUCCUCUUCAAAUUGCCGAUGAAAGACCCACACCUUGCACGCCAACACCUUGUGGCGCUAACGCGGUUUGCAGAGUGUCAGGAAAUGCAGGCGCGUGUUCUUGUUUACCCGAUUAUAUCGGAAACCCUUACGAGGGUUGUAGACCAGAAUGCGUGGUGAAUUCCGACUGCUCGGCGAAUUUAGCGUGCGUGAGAUCGAAAUGUCAAGAUCCUUGUCCUGGUGCUUGUGGACAGAAUGCUAUGUGCAAUGCUGUAAAUCAUUUACCAGUAUGCACUUGUAUUCAAGGAUACACGGGCGAUCCGUUUAAAUAUUGCAGUCUAAGUCCAAUGAACCCGGAUGUGAUAGUAAAUCUAUGCAACCCUUCACCCUGCGGACCAAACAGCGAAUGUCGCGUGAACAACAACCAAGCAGUCUGCUCUUGUCUCUCCUCUUACAUCGGCAGUCCACCAAAUUGUAGACCCGAGUGCGUGGCCAGCACCGAGUGUCCUUUGACUCGAGCUUGCGUGAAUCAAAAGUGCGUCGACCCAUGUCCCAACUCGUGCGGAGUAAACGCCAACUGCAGGAUUAUUAAUCACAGUCCCAUUUGUUUCUGCAACAAUGGAUUCACUGGUGAUCCAUUCACCGCCUGUUUCCCUGCUCCUGCUCCUGUGGAAACUGCGCCAGCAGUGCCAAGAGACCCGUGUUCACCAUCGCCCUGUGGUCCCAACGCUAUUUGCCAGAACGUAGGCCAGACUCCAGCAUGCACUUGCUUACCAAAUUAUCGCGGCAGUCCACCAAAUUGCCGACCAGAAUGUACCAUCAAUUCAGAAUGUCCCAGUAAUCAGGCUUGCAUUCAGGAAAGGUGUAGAGAUCCUUGUCCAGGAUCAUGCGGUUUUAAUGCUCAAUGCACGGUGUUCAAUCAUGUACCCAUGUGUUCCUGUAUCGAAGGAUACACUGGAGAUCCUUUCAGUAAUUGCAAUCAACAGAUUAGACCUCCCGAAGCUGAGGUACAUUUAUGCAAUCCAUCUCCUUGUGGUCCGAAUGCUCAAUGUGACAAUGGAAUUUGUUCGUGCUUACCCGAAUACUAUGGAGACUCUACUCUUGGUUGUCGACCAGAGUGUGUGCUGAACAAUGAUUGUCCUCGUGAUAAAGCCUGUGUCAGGAACAAGUGCGAAGAUCCUUGUAUCGGUACUUGUGCCAGCAAUGCGAUAUGCAACGUGAUCAAUCAUGUACCCAUGUGCAGCUGUCCAGUUGGUUUCGAAGGGAAUGCAUUCGCAUACUGUCAUCCCCAUGCAGUCAAUCUUCUAUUUACUCCGUGCAACCCAUCACCUUGCGGACCUAACAGCCAGUGUCGACAAAACAAUGACCAAGCGAUCUGUAGCUGUGUACCAGGUUACUUAGGAAAUCCGCCAAAUUGUCGUCCAGAGUGUAUAGUUAGUUCUGAGUGUCCUCUCAACCAGAUUUGUAGUAAUCAAAAGUGUAGAGACCCUUGUAUCGGCUCGUGUGGCGUAAGUGCCCGUUGCACAGUAGCAAAUCGCAAUCCUAUAUGCCAUUGCCCUGAAGGAUUCACAGGAGAUCCGUUUGUUAGAUGCAUUCCACUUCCACCAGUACCACCAGAACCCAUAAACGUUUGCCAGCCAUCACCUUGCGGACCCAAUGCUCAGUGUCAAAUCUCAGGAAACUCACCCUCUUGCACCUGUUUACCCGAUUUCAUUGGAACCCCGCCGAAUUGUAGACCUGAGUGUAUCAGCAACAGUGAAUGUCCUAGCCAUCAAGCGUGUAUAAAUCAGAAAUGCAAAGAUCCUUGCAUUGGAUCCUGUGGGACAAACGCUCAGUGUCGAACAGUCAGCCACACUCCAAUGUGCUACUGUGAUAUAGGAUACACUGGUGAUCCGUUCACCCAAUGCUUCAUCAGGCCCAUCGAAGACACCACGAUGAAAGUGAAUCCAUGCUUACCUUCUCCUUGCGGUCCUAAUGCACAAUGUACCGAAAGAAACGACGCAGGCUCCUGCACUUGUCUUCCGAGUUACCUAGGAAAUCCUUACGAAGGAUGCAGACCAGAAUGUGUCCUAGACUCUGAUUGUUCGCCCAUUCGAGCUUGCAUCGGUUCGAAAUGCGUCGAUCCUUGUCCAGGAACUUGUGGAACCAAUGCUGAAUGUCGCGUAAUCAACCACCGAGCGUCUUGUUCGUGUUAUCCUAGUUACACCGGUGAUCCUUAUCGAUAUUGUUCCAUUCAACCAGUUGAUUCUGAUAUCAGUGUCACUGAUCCAUGUGGCAAUGCUCAAUGUGGACCGAAUAGUCAAUGCAGGGUAGUAAAUCAAGUGGCAGUUUGCUCUUGCCUACCAAAUUACAUGGGUACACCUCCAUCUUGCAGACCAGAAUGUGUUACAAGCUCGGAAUGUCCCUCUGAUAGAGCAUGUAAGAGACAGAAAUGCGAAAACCCCUGUCCAUCUUCUUGUGGACAAAAUACAGAGUGCAGGGUGAUCAAUCAUACACCCCUCUGUAGUUGUUCGAGAGGAUACACUGGUGAUCCUUUCACCGUCUGCUUCCCCAUUCCGUUAACACCGCCUGGUCAAAGCGACGUCAUUUCAAAAGACCCAUGCAUUCCAUCUCCAUGCGGUGCUUAUUCAGAAUGUCGGGACAUUGGUGGAGUACCAUCUUGUUCCUGUUUACCCCCGUACACCGGAAGUCCGCCAAAUUGUCGUCCUGAAUGUACCAUUAACUCAGACUGCCCACCCAAUCAAGCUUGUAUGCAACAAAGAUGCAGAGACCCUUGUCCUGGUUCGUGUGCAUUUCAAGCUCAGUGCAGUGUUAUCAAUCAUGUACCAACUUGUACUUGUCCUCCUGGUUACACCGGAGAUCCUUUCACCAACUGCUUCAUAGAACCACUUCGUCCAGUCGAAAUUGAUCCAUGUGCAUCUUCGCCUUGUGGAUCGAACGCUCGUUGCGACAAUGGCGUCUGCAGCUGUUUGCCAGAGUUCUUUGGUGACCCAUUUUCUGGCUGUAGACCAGAGUGUGUCCUAAGCAACGAAUGUCCAACCACGCGAGCUUGCGUUCGAAACAAGUGCGUUGAUCCUUGCACCAGUGUUUGCGGACUGGAUGCUUUGUGCAACGUGUUCAACCACGUGCCCAUGUGCAGUUGUCCUUCGGGAAUGGCAGGAAACGCUUUCGUGCUAUGUUCUCCCGUCCAAGUAACAACGGUUAGUGACCCUUGCAAUCCAUCGCCAUGUGGACCCAAUAGCCAAUGUAGACAAAACAACAUGCAAGCUCUAUGCUCCUGCAUAAGCGGAUACAUUGGUGCACCACCUACUUGCAGACCUGAGUGUGUAGUUAGUUCAGACUGUCCACUAAACGAAGCGUGUACCAACCAAAAAUGUCAAAACCCCUGUUUCGGAAGCUGUGGUGUUAACACAGCGUGUAAUGUCGUUAACCACAAUCCUGUAUGCACCUGUCAAGAAAGAAUGACCGGUGACCCAUUCGUCAGGUGUUAUCCAAUGCCUGAGAGACCACAACCACCAAUCGAUCCAUGUCAACCAUCCCCCUGUGGUCCUAACGCACAGUGCCAGGUGGUCAACGAUCAACCAUCCUGUUCGUGUCUUCAAGAAUUCAUAGGAUCACCACCAAACUGUCGUCCCGAAUGCGUCAGCAACAGCGAGUGCCCUAAUCAACAAGCGUGCAUCAAUCAGAAAUGUCGAGAUCCUUGUGUAAAUUCCUGCGGUCUGAACGCGGUUUGUAACGUUGUUAGCCACACACCAAUGUGUGCUUGCACGAAUGGUUACACAGGUGAUCCGUUUACACAGUGUGUACCACAGCAAUUCGACUUUCAAGUCAGUAGACCGGAUCCCUGCACCCCAUCGCCGUGCGGUGCAAAUGCGAUAUGUCGGGUGCAACAAAAUUCAGCUUCCUGUUCUUGUCAGAACGACUACAUCGGUAACCCUUACGAAGGGUGCAGACCUGAGUGCACCCUCAGUUCUGACUGUCCAUCCACUCAAGCUUGCAUCAGGUCCAAGUGUAGAGACCCAUGUCCUGGAACUUGUGGUCAGAAUGCUCAGUGUUAUGCGAUCAAUCAUGCAGCUACCUGCAGUUGCUUUGAACGAUACACUGGCGAUCCUUUCGUCUACUGCAACCCUAUGCGAGAACCACUGCCUGAACCUAACGUUGUCAAUCCUUGCGAACCAUCACCCUGUGGACCCUACAGUCAAUGUAGACAGACAAACGGUCAAGCUACGUGUUCCUGUAUGCCAAAUUAUAUUGGAACACCCCCUAAUUGCAGACCAGAAUGCAGUGUUAACUCUGACUGUCCACUGACCCUUGCAUGUAGGAAUAAUAAGUGCGUUGAUCCUUGUCCCAACUCUUGUGGUCAACAGAGUACCUGUAGAGUCGUGAACCACAGUCCAGUUUGCAGUUGCAAGCCAGGGUUCACUGGCGACCCAUUCACCUACUGUUUCUACAGUCCACCCACUGCUGUUGUCGAAACACCGGUUGAUCCCUGUAUUAACUCACCUUGCGGACCAAAUUCUCAAUGUCGCGCCAUCAAUGGUUCUCCCUCGUGUUCCUGUUUGGUGAACUACGUUGGUGUUCCACCAAAUUGCCGUCCAGAAUGUGUUACCAACACCGAUUGUCCCAGAAAUCAGGCCUGCAUACGUGAGAAGUGUCAGGAUCCCUGUCCAGGAUCCUGUGGUUUGAACAGUGUCUGUAUUGUUCAUAAUCACGUUCCAAUUUGCACCUGUCUGGAGGGAUAUACAGGAGAUCCUUUUAAUAUUUGUCAGCUCAAACCAAUGCCUGUCGAAGAACCUGUGACAGACCCAUGCAGUAGUUCUCCAUGUGGACCAAACGCUCGAUGCAACAAUGGCAUUUGCACUUGUUUACCCGAAUAUUUUGGAGAUCCAUACGUUGGUUGUCGCCCUGAAUGUGUGCUCAGUACAGACUGCUCUAGCGAAAAAGCUUGCAUCAGGAACAAGUGCGUUAACCCUUGCCCAGGAGCUUGUGCACAAAAUGCUGUGUGCAAUGUCAUCAAUCACACGCCUAUGUGCAGUUGUCCUCCACAAACUAGUGGAAACGCCUUAGUUCUAUGUUCGCCUAUACGAGUGCCCACAACGACUAGACCAUGCAAUCCAUCCCCCUGUGGUCAAAACAGCAUAUGUAGAGAGGUGAACGACCAAGCCGUGUGUACAUGUGUCCCAGAUUACCUUGGAACACCACCUCUAUGCAGACCAGAAUGUACAAUUAGUUCCGAUUGUCCUAAGAGUCAAGCUUGCGUAAACCAGAAGUGCAGAGAUCCGUGUCCAGGAACGUGCGGUGUUCAGGCAACAUGCCUGGUGGUGAACCACAACCCCGUGUGUUCUUGCCCAGAGCGUUACACAGGGGAUCCCUUCGUCAGAUGUGAAAUGAUCAAAGAAGUAAUAGUGCCCACGAACCCUUGCAAACCGUCACCCUGCGGCCCGUACUCUCAAUGCCAAGUGGUAAAUAACAUCCCGUCCUGUACCUGUCUGCCCGAAUACGAAGGAAACCCGCCCAACUGCAGACCCGAGUGCAUCUCAAGCUCCGAGUGCCCCAGCCACCAAACGUGCGUUCGACAAAAGUGCAUGGACCCUUGCCCAGGUCUCUGUGGCGAAAGUGCAGAGUGUUACGUGACUUACCACAUAGCCAAUUGUGUCUGUCCGACCGGUUUCACGGGCGACCCAUACACGCGUUGCUCAGUAAUAAUUCGUGACCCGGAACCCUCACCCUGCGCCGAAGGUGUUUGUGGCACAAACGCAUUGUGCAGAGAACGAGACGGUGUCGGGAUAUGUUAUUGCCCCCCUGAAUACAUUGGCAACCCUUACGUAGGAUGUAGACCCGAGUGCGUCAUUAACCCUGAUUGCCCGUCCAGCAAAAUGUGUGUCAGAAACAAAUGCCAAGACCCAUGUCCUGGAACCUGCGGUCAGAAUGCCGAGUGCGCAGUCGUUAACCACCAACCCCUCUGCAACUGUAGACCCGGUUUUACUGGGGACCCAUUUGUCAUAUGUACCAUGGAUAUAAUAGUCCCGAAAGAGAACGUCUGUAGCCCGUCACCCUGUGGACCCAACAGCCAGUGCAAAGAGGUAUCUGGUCAGGCUGUAUGCUCCUGCCUGCCCACCUACGUUGGCACUCCACCUGCUUGUAGACCCGAGUGCGUAGCUAGCUCCGAGUGUCCCACCCAACUUGCCUGCCAGGAUUACAAAUGCGUGAACCCGUGCCCGAGCCCCUGUGGUUUGAACACCAAAUGCAUUGUGAUUAAUCACAGUCCUAUCUGUAGUUGUAUGCCAGGAUAUAGUGGAGAUCCCUUCACCACUUGUACACCAAUUCCACCUGCUAUGGUCCCUGGACCAGUGGAGAAAGACCCGUGUGUACCAUCACCUUGUGGUAAUUUCGCGCAGUGCAGGAAUGUCCGUGGUUCGGCUGCUUGUAGUUGCUUAGGAGGCUACAUUGGUCAACCACCCAACUGCAGACCCGAGUGCACGAUUAAUUCUGAAUGUCAGAGUGACAUGGCCUGUAUAAAUAUGAGAUGCAGGGACCCUUGUCCUGGUUCCUGUGGCUCCGGUGCCGUUUGCGCUGUCGUUAACCAUAUUCCCGUGUGUAACUGUCCCGAAGGUUUCACCGGGAAUCCAUUUACUCUGUGUCAAUUACUUCUAGCUAUACCCGCUCCAGCACCAGUAGAAGACGAAUGUACCCCAUCACCCUGCGGUCCCAAUGCAGAAUGCUCGAAUGGCGUUUGCAUCUGCCUGGCAGAAUUCCAAGGGAACCCGUAUCUAGGAUGUCGACCCGAGUGUGUCCUAAACUCAGACUGCUCUCGUGACCGAGCCUGUUUGCGUAACAAGUGUAUGGACCCCUGUCCAGGAACUUGUGGUAUCAGUGCCAUUUGUACAGUUAUCAAUCACGUCCCAAUGUGCAGCUGUCCUGGGAACAUGACCGGCAACGCGUUUAGUCAGUGCACCCCUCUGCAAGAUAUGACACCCGUCAAUCCGUGUAGCCCAACACCCUGCGGACCUAACAGCGAAUGUCGCGUUGUGAAUGGUCAGGCAGUUUGCUCGUGCAUCAGAGGAUUCCUAGGAAGCCCACCCACGUGUAGAUCCGAGUGCAUAGUGAGCACAGAUUGUCCGCAAAACGAGGCCUGUAGUAACCAAAGGUGUAUCGAUCCCUGUCCAGGAACUUGCGGAAUUGGAGCCCAGUGCCACGUUGUCAAUCACAAUCCCAUAUGCAGUUGCCCAUUGCGAUACACCGGGGACCCAUUUGUCCAAUGCAUGCCCUUCCUGGAAGAACCAGUAGUAGACCCUUGCCAGCCAUCACCUUGCGGUCCGAAUUCCCAGUGUCAGGUCAUCAACAAUUCACCCUCGUGCUCGUGCAUGCCAGAAUUCACUGGCAGCCCACCAAAUUGUAGGCCCGAGUGUGUCAGCAACAGCGAAUGUCCUAGCCAGUUAGCAUGUAUCAAUCAGAAGUGUAAGGACCCUUGCAUAGGAUCCUGUGGAGCUAGUGCCAAUUGUCACGUUGUCAGUCACACCCCAAUGUGCACCUGUUUGAGUGGUUACACUGGUGAUCCGUUCACUCAGUGUGUCUUCAAAGAACCUACAAAUAUACCUACACCUGUCGAUCCCUGCAAUCCAUCUCCUUGCGGUUCUAAUGCCAUUUGCAAAGAACUGAAUGGCGCAGGCUCGUGCACCUGUCUUUCAAAUUACAUCGGUAACCCCUACGAAGGAUGCCGACCAGAGUGCCUCCUGAACACCGACUGUCCUUCGAAUCAGGCUUGUAUGAACAACAGAUGCAGGAAUCCCUGCCCUGGAACUUGCGGUCGCAACGCUGAAUGUCACGUUAUCAAUCACUUGCCGGUAUGCGAGUGUUAUCCUAGGCAUACAGGCAAUGCUUUUGUCCUCUGUUUACCUAUUCAGCCAGAAAUCGAGCAAUCAAUCAGCCGUCCUUGCAAUCCAUCUCCCUGCGGACCUAACAGUCAGUGCAGAGCAAUCAAUGGACAAUCAGUUUGUUCCUGUCUACCCGAAUUCAUAGGCAGCCCACCAGCUUGCAGACCCGAAUGUACAGUAAGCGCCGAGUGCGCUUUCAAUCUUGCUUGUAUCAACCAAAAGUGUAGCGACCCUUGUCCUGGAUCGUGUGGUUCCCACACCAGGUGUGAAACGAUUAAUCAUAGAGCAAUAUGCUCCUGUCAGCCAGGAUUCACUGGUGAUCCAUUAGUUUCCUGUUUCGAUAUACCAAUGGACAAACCUGUACCUGUACCAUCGUACCCAUGCGCGUCCUCGCCAUGUGGACCCUACUCAGAAUGUCGCAACAUAAAUGGACAGGCCUCGUGUGCCUGUUUAGCAGAUUACAUGGGUACCCCACCAAAUUGUAGACCAGAGUGCAUAAGAAAUUCAGAGUGCCCUAGCAAUCAGGCUUGUAUUCAGAAGAAGUGUCGUUAUCCUUGUGAAGGAGUCUGCGGUGUAGGUGCUCAGUGUUCAGUAAUCAAUCACACUCCAAUCUGUACAUGUCCUGAAGGAUUCUCUGGCGAUCCUUUCGUUAGAUGUUCAUUUGCUCCAGUACAAGAAGAGAGACCAGUGGAUUCGUGUGCCAAUUGCGGAGCUAAUACCCAGUGCCUCAAUGGAAUUUGCACUUGUUUAUCGGAAUACCAGGGAGACCCGUACUUAGGCUGUCGUCCAGAAUGUGUUCUGAACACAGACUGUUCCAGAGACAGAGCCUGCAUUAUGAAUAAAUGUAACGACCCUUGCGAUGGAACUUGUGGCCAGAAUGCUGUGUGUUCUGUCGUUAAUCAUAUUCCAGUUUGCACUUGCCCUCCAGGAACAUCCGGAAAUGCAUUUGUAGUUUGCUCUCCUCUUCAAGUAUUAACACCUAAAGACCCGUGCAACCCCUCGCCUUGCGGACCUAACAGUCAGUGCAGAAAGAUAAACGAUCAAGCUGUUUGCUCUUGUAUUCCUGGUUACCUAGACACACCACCGAAUUGUAGACCCGAGUGUAUUCUCAGUUCAGAUUGUCCAUCAAACAUGGCCUGCAACAACCAGAAAUGCAUAGAUCCUUGCCCAGGUACUUGUGGAAUCAGAGCCGACUGCGUGGUCGUGAACCACAAUCCUAUCUGCAGUUGCUCUCCCGAUCUGACAGGCGAUCCCUUCUCGAUGUGCAUUAGAAGACCGGAAGAACCACAAGUUCUGAACCCAUGUGUCCCAUCACCGUGCGGUCCAAACAGUAGAUGCCAAGUCGUAAACAAUUCACCAUCUUGCUCGUGUUUGCCCGAAUUCCUCGGAUCUCCUCCAAAUUGUAAACCCGAGUGCAUCAGUAACAGCGAAUGCUCUACGCAUUUGGCAUGUAUCAAUCGGAAGUGUCGUGACCCUUGCCCAGGUUCCUGUGGUGCAAACGCCGAGUGCCGAGUGAUUAGUCACACACCGAUGUGUGUCUGCUCCUACGGUUUCGUUGGUGAUCCGUUUAUACAAUGCGUUUCAAGACCAGCUAUGGAAGGCACUCAAGAGAAACCUACUCCGUGUGUACCAACACCCUGCGGGUCGAACGCGAUGUGUAACGAACUGAAUGGCGCUGCAUCCUGUAAAUGUCUUCCCGAUUAUAUCGGCAAUCCCUACGAAGGCUGCCGACCAGAGUGCAUCAUCAAUUCUGAUUGCACAGCCGAUCAGGCUUGCGUUAACUCCAAGUGUCAGAAUCCUUGUCCAGGAUUCUGUGGCUACAACGCUGUCUGUCAGGUUGUCAAUCACGCUCCACUCUGCACUUGUCAAUUCAGUUACACCGGUGACCCGUUCGUUCAGUGUAAUGUCGUCCAAGAAGCACCGAAACCAGCUGAUCCUUGCAGUCCAUCGCCCUGCGGUCUGAACAGUCAAUGUCGCGUAUCGAAUGGACAGGCUAUUUGUUCAUGUUUGCCCACGUUCGUCGGUACGCCACCAUUCUGUAGACCAGAGUGUACAGUUAGCUCGGACUGUGCUACAAAUCGCGCUUGCAAGAAUCGUAAAUGCGUCGACCCUUGUCCCGGAAUUUGCGGUAUCAAUGCGAGAUGCGAGGCGAUCAAUCAUAGUCCGAUUUGCAGCUGCAACGUAGGUCAUACCGGUGAUCCGUUUGUGAGAUGCUUUAAACUUCAACCGAUGACUGAAAGUGUAAACCCAUGCGUCCCAUCACCAUGCGGUCCCUUCUCUGUGUGUCGUGUGCUUGGUAACGCGGAAUUGCCAAGCUGCACGUGCAUGGACAAUUACAUAGGAACUCCACCGAACUGUCGACCAGAAUGUACCAUCGAUUCCGAGUGCACCAGCAACAGAGCUUGCCUGAGGCAAAAGUGUACGGAUCCCUGUCCAGGUUCCUGUGGCACUGGAGCUCAGUGUUUGGUGGUGAACCACAUGGCUGUAUGUACAUGUCCAAAAGGAUACACUGGCGAUCCGUUUGUCAGUUGUUUCUUAGAAUCACCUCCAUCACCACCAGUUCCUCAAGACGCCUGUAACCCCUCGCCAUGCGGAUCGAACGCACUGUGUCGCAAUGGGGUGUGCUCUUGUUUGCCUGAAUAUCACGGUGACCCGUAUUACGGAUGUCGUCCGGAAUGCGUCCAAAAUCCAGACUGCCCACUAGACAAAGCUUGCAAUCGCAACAAGUGUUUCGACCCUUGCGUUGGCGCUUGCGGUCAAAGCGCCGAAUGCGUGGUAAUCAAUCAUACCCCCAUGUGUAACUGUCCGGAUGGCAUGUCAGGAAAUGCGUUCACCGCGUGUUAUCCAGCCAAAGACCCAGUGGUAGUAGAACCUUGCAACCCGUCACCUUGCGGUCCCAACAGUAGAUGCCAGGACAUCGGUGGACAGGCAGUUUGUUCGUGUGCCCCUGGUUACAUUGGAAACCCUCCCGCCUGCCGUCCAGAGUGUCUCGUUAACAGUGAUUGCGCGUUAAACGAGGCCUGUGUGAAUCUAAAGUGUACGGACCCAUGUCCUGGAUCUUGCGGAGUAUCGGCCCGUUGUCAAGUGGUGAAUCACAACCCAAUUUGCAGUUGUCCUCCUGUAUUCACUGGUGAUCCGUUCGUGCGAUGCUUCCCCAGACCGGAGGAACCCGUUCAACCAACAAAUCCAUGUCAGCCAUCCCCGUGUGGACCGAACGCAGACUGUCGAGUGAAUAAUAACUCUCCAUCCUGUUCUUGCAAGGCAGAGUUCGUUGGAACACCACCAAAUUGUAGACCCGAAUGUAUCAGUAAUAGCGAAUGCAGUGGCCAAUUGGCGUGCAUUAAUCGCAAGUGCCGAGAUCCUUGUCCAGGUUCCUGUGGCGCUAACGCAGAGUGCUAUGUUGUAAACCAUAUUCCAUCUUGUACUUGUAUGAGGGACUUUACAGGAGAUCCAUUUGUUCAGUGCACAGCUAAGCAACCGGAGCCAAUGAUUCCAGCACGACCUUGUCAACCAUCCCCCUGCGGAGCUAACGCCAUUUGUCGAGAACAAAAUGGCCUUAGCUCUUGCACCUGCUUGCCCGAGUACGUCGGCAAUCCUUACGAAGGAUGCCGACCAGAAUGUACGAUUUCUUCGGAUUGUCCUUCGCAGUUAGCAUGUAUAAGAUCCAAGUGCCAGAAUCCUUGCCCCGGUUCUUGCGGUGCCAACACCAACUGUCAGGUCGUUAAUCAUCUACCUGUAUGCACUUGCAUUCCGCAAUACACCGGUGAUCCGUACGUCAAUUGCAUGUACAAGAUACCAACACUCGAAGAAGAAGAACGCGACGUGUGUAACCCAUCGCCAUGCGGUCCCAACAGCCAAUGCCAGAACGUCAAUGGCCAAGCUGUAUGCUCUUGCAUGCCUCAGUACAUAGGCACUCCACCUAAUUGCAGACCAGAAUGCGUAGUGAACUCAGAAUGCAAUUCCAAUCUCGCGUGCAUAAAUCAAAAGUGCAAAGAUCCCUGUCCUGGCACCUGCGGCCGUAACGCCCAAUGCAAAGUUGUCCACCACAGUCCAAUUUGUAGCUGUGGUAGUGGCCUAACAGGAGAUCCAUUCGUUUACUGUUUCCCGACACCAAUACCUAAACCAGAUGACCGGUACCCGAAAGACCCAUGCGUUCCAUCCCCAUGCGGUCCAAAUGCAAUGUGCAAGGCUGUUGGAGACACGCCAGUAUGCACUUGCAUGAAUAACUACAUCGGAGUACCCCCCAAUUGUCGACCAGAAUGUUCUAUCAAUUCGGACUGCACAGCGAACAGAGCUUGCAUUCGAGAAAAGUGCAGAGAUCCUUGCCCAGGCUCCUGUGGCGUUGCUGCUUAUUGCACAGUUAUGAAUCACACACCAGCUUGCACUUGUCCUGAAGGAUACACCGGUGAUCCUUUCACCAGCUGUACCCCGGUACCUCCACCUAUAACCGAAGCCCCGUCAGACCCGUGCAACCCAUCGCCAUGCGGACCAAACGCCCAGUGCGACAACGGUGUUUGCACUUGUGUACCCGGUUAUUUAGGUGAUCCUUACGCCAUUUGCCGUCCCGAAUGUGUUAUCAAUACAGACUGUUCCCGAAACGAGGCCUGUAUACUUCACAAAUGUAGAAACCCGUGUAUAGGCACGUGUGGAUUGAACGCUGAGUGCAACGUAAUCAACCAUCUGCCUAUGUGCAGUUGUCCAAGAAACACGACAGGCAAUGCGUUCUUAUCCUGUAACCCUGUACAAGAAAUCAGUACCAUUGACCCGUGCAAUCCAUCACCCUGCGGUCCAAACAGUCAUUGUCGUGUCUCCAGCGGCCAAGCUGUUUGCUCUUGCAUUAACGGAUUCAAGGGAACUCCACCUUCCUGUAGGUCAGAAUGCGUCGUCAGCACUGAUUGUCCACGAGACAGAGCUUGCAGUAACCAAAAGUGUAUCGAUCCCUGUCUUGGUGCUUGCGGAUUAUCAACACAGUGUUCCGUGAUUAAUCACAACCCUGUGUGCAGCUGUUUCGAACAGUACACGGGCGAUCCAUUUGUCCAAUGUGUCCCAUACACAAAAGAGCCAGGUGUUAUUGUGAAUCCUUGUCAACCAUCACCGUGCGGUCCAAACGCCGUGUGUCAGGUGAACAAUAAUGCUCCCUCUUGUUCUUGCCUCCCUGAAUUCAUAGGAAAUCCACCAAACUGUAAACCCGAAUGCAUAAGCAACACCGAGUGUCUAGCACAAGAGGCUUGCAUCAAUCAAAAGUGUAGAGACCCUUGCCCUGGCUCCUGUGGAAGUAACACCGAAUGUAGAACCAUUAGUCACACUCCCAUGUGUACUUGUGCCACUGGUUUCACCGGGAAUCCAUUCGUACAGUGCAUUCCUCAACCAAUUGAAGACAUUCCACAGAAAGUAAAUCCAUGCCAGCCAUCUCCCUGCGCGGCUAACGCUGUCUGUCGCGAAUCUUAUGGUUCAGCUAUUUGUACUUGUCUGCCCGAUUUCUAUGGAAAUCCAUACGAAAACUGUAGACCCGAAUGUCUCAUCAAUUCAGACUGUCCAUUUAACCGAGCAUGCAUAAGAAACAAGUGUCAAGACCCUUGUCCAGGAACGUGUGGAUUCAACGCUGUAUGUCAGGUCGUUAAUCACAUCCCAGCAUGCAGCUGUCAAUUAGGAUACACCGGAGAUCCCUUCAGAUACUGUAAUCUGUUUGAACAGCCUUUCGAACCAAAUCCUACCAACCCAUGUGACCCAUCACCCUGCGGCCCCAACAGCCAAUGUCGCAACGUCAAUGGUCAGGCUAGCUGUUCUUGCUUGUCUACGUUCAGAGGCACUCCUCCAAGGUGCAGACCAGAGUGUGUAGUUAGCACCGAAUGUGCUAGCAACAUGGCUUGCGUGAAUCAAAAAUGCGUUGAUCCCUGUCCUGGUGUCUGUGGAAUAAGCGCUAGAUGCGAGACCUUCCAUCAUAGUCCCAUUUGUAGCUGUAAUCCUGGUCAGACAGGAGAUCCAUUCGUUAAAUGCUUCGAUGUCACCACCAUGGUUCCGUUGGUUCCUGCGAAUCCCUGCGUACCAUCACCCUGUGGACCAUUUUCACAAUGCCAAGACAUAGGAGGUAUCUCCUCCUGUUCUUGUCUACCGAAUUACGUCGGUUCGGCUCCGAACUGUCGCCCAGAGUGUUCCAUUAACUCAGACUGUACCAGCGAUAAGGCAUGCAUUCGAGAAAAGUGCAGAGACCCGUGUCCAGGAUCUUGUGGAACUAAUGCGUUCUGUAACGUUAUCAGUCACACACCGAUUUGCACUUGUCCCAGAGAUUACACGGGAGAUCCUUUCACCAGUUGUCGUCCAAUGCCCACACCUAUCCUUCCAGUACCAUCAGACCCAUGCAACCCUUCACCCUGUGGACCAAACGCAUUAUGUCAGAACGGAAUCUGUAGCUGUAUAAACGAAUAUCAUGGCGAUCCUUAUCAAGGAUGUCGACCAGAGUGUGUACAAAAUUCUGACUGUACUUAUGACAGAGCUUGCUCCAACAACAAAUGCGUGAACCCUUGCACCGGAAUCUGUGGUCAGAACGCCGAAUGCAUGGUUGUGAAUCACAUCCCCACUUGCAGUUGCGUGGAAAAUCACGAAGGAGAUCCAUUUACCCUCUGUAAACCGAUCCGAAAACGUGUGAAACCUUGCGAACCCUCACCCUGCGGACCGAACAGCAUUUGCCGCGAAUUUGGUGAGCAAGCUUCCUGUUCCUGCCUCCCUGGAUACUUUGGAACUCCACCCAGCUGCAGACCCGAGUGCCUCGUGAACUCUGACUGCGAACAGAGCAGGGCCUGUGUGAACGAGAAAUGCCAGAAUCCUUGCGAAAACGCUUGUGGUCAGGGUGCAUUGUGUACCGUACGAAACCACAACCCCAUUUGCAGCUGUCCUUCUCAGUAUUCAGGUGACCCAUUCAUCAGCUGCUUCCCCAUGAAAACGCAGGACCAGGAACCCAGCCAGGACCCAUGCAAACCCUCAUCGUGUGGACCAAACUCCCAAUGCACAGUGUCGCCAGACAAUAAAGCUUCCUGUUCCUGUUUGCCCGAGUUCGUAGGCUCUCCUCCCACCUGUAGACCCGAAUGUCUCGUGAACAGCGAGUGCCCUGGCAAUCAGGCCUGCGUUAGGCAGAGAUGUACCGAUCCCUGUACAGGACUGUGCGGCACUAAUGCUCUCUGUCAAGUUACCCUGCAUUACAUCCGUUGCGUGUGUCCCGAGGGAUACACAGGAGACCCGUUCACAGUUUGUUCCGUGACCAACAUCACACCUGCACCACCAACGCCAUCGAGACCUUGUAGUCCUUCACCUUGCGGCAUCAACGCUUACUGUAGGGAAAGGUACAAUACAGCAUACUGCGAGUGUCUGCCUGAUUACAGAGGAAAUCCGUACGAAGGUUGUCAACCGGAAUGUCUGGUCAAUACCGACUGUCAAAAAUCACAAGCUUGUAUCAGGACCAAGUGCCAGGAUCCUUGUCCUGGCACGUGUGGCGUUGGAGCGAUCUGUACUGUAUCCAAUCACAUCCCUAUCUGUUCUUGUCCUGCUCCUACCAUCGGAGAUGCGUUCACUCUUUGUCAAGCACUGCCUGAAGUUCCAAAGGAAAGAGAUCCUUGUUCACCGUCACCGUGUGGUCCAAAUACCAUCUGCGAGAAGAUCGGCAACAAUGCAGCGUGCAAGUGUCUGCCUGGCUUACAAGGAAUCCCAUCGAGCAUCACUGGUUGUCACCCAGAAUGCGUGAUCAGUUCAGACUGUUCAGGAGACAAGGCUUGCAUCAACAACAAAUGCAUCAACCCCUGCACCCAGAACGUCUGUGGAAUCAGGGCAAACUGCAAGGCGAUCAAUCACAGUCCACUUUGUAGCUGUCCAUCUCCCUUAAUUGGCAAUCCAUUCGAAGAAUGCUACACGAAAAUUGAAACUGACCCCUGCAAUCCAUCACCGUGCACUUACAACGGUGAAUGCAAAGUUAAGAACGGCGUUGCAAUAUGCAUUUAUCCAGAAUGUGUCAUCAAUUCUGAUUGUCCACGAGACAAGGCCUGUUUCGCCCAGAAAUGCAGGGAUCCUUGCAUCGGUGCCUGUGGAAUCAACUCGCUUUGUCAGACUGUCAAUCACAAGCCAGUUUGCUCGUGUCCAUCUGGUUUUACUGGCAACGCUAGGAUCCAGUGCACCAUCCCAACAGUUGAAGAACCGACCCCGGAAUGUACCCAAAAUUCUGAAUGUCCAAACGAUAAGACCUGUUACAAUCAGAAAUGCGUCGAUCCUUGCACCCUUGAUUCCUGUGGCUAUAACAGUCGGUGCCACGUGCAACUGCACCGGGCUGUAUGCGUCUGCAACGAAGGUUUCACUGGCAAUCCUCAACAGUACUGUCGCGAGCUUGGAUGUCGCGGUGAUAGCGAUUGUCCAUUGACCCAAUCCUGCAUCAACAACGAAUGCCUGGAUGCAUGCUCAGUGACACAGUGUGGUAUCAAUGCACUUUGUUCGUCCGACGGAUAUCAUAGACCACGAUGCUAUUGUCCUGAAGGAUACCUGGGUAACCCGUAUCAGAGCUGCGAGAGACCAGAGUGCACCAACGACAAUGAUUGUCCUUCUUCAUUAGCGUGUCGCGACUUGAAAUGCGUGAAUCCUUGCGACUGUCCACUUUCAGCUCAGUGUUCUGUGAUUAACCAUCGUCCUACGUGUCGGUGCCCACCAGGUUACACUGGUGAUCCAUACAAGUCUUGUCUAAUGGAACCGAUAGAACCACAACCUCAGUGUCAGGUGGACGGGGACUGCCCCAGUAAAUUGGGUUGUUUCAAUGGAAUCUGUAAAGACCCUUGCAUGGAAACGAAACCUUGUAUUGCUGGUGCAAAAUGUUCUGUAGUGGACACUUUGCCUAUGAGAACUAUGGUCUGUGAAUGUUUACCGAAUUUCGCUGGCGAUGCAACAGUGGCUUGCAUUCCAGUGGAUAAACAAAUCGAAGCAAUCUGCAAAGCUGACUCUGAGUGCACUUCGAAUUUGGCGUGCUUGAACGAGCGGUGCAUCAACCCGUGCAUCAUCAGUCCAUGUGCAUCGAACGCGGACUGUUCUGUUGACAAUCAUUACCGUCAGUGUCAUUGCUCUCGAGGAACGGCCGGCGAUCCAUUCGUAAAUUGUUACAGAGACACUGAUUCGUUCCCAGAGUGCAUAAGGAAUACCGAUUGUGCACCCAACGAGGCCUGCAUAAACGAACUAUGUCAAAAUCCGUGUGCCAGUACUCAGUGUGGAUUGAACGCAGAAUGUAUCACUGUCAAUCAUCAUCCAACUUGUCACUGUCAACAGAACUUUGCUGGUGAUCCUCAAAUGCAAUGUUUCAGACCCGAGUGCAAGUCAGACAGCGAUUGUCCUUACGACAAGACCUGUCAGAACAACAACUGUGUCACUCCAUGCUUGGUCGGAGACAUUGCAUGUGGUCGCGGUGCAGAGUGCAUUGCAAUUUCGCACAGAGCACAAUGCGUUUGCCCUAAAGGCACCCAGGGUGACCCUCGAAUCGCAUGCAUUUCCGCGGUUUGCCAUUACAACGAAGACUGUGCUGAUCACGAAGCCUGCGACAGACUGAACAGAGUUUGUCGACCUGUUUGCGAAGAUGACACUUGCGCCGAAACCGCCCAGUGCAUCGCUAGAGACCAUCAACCGAGAUGCAGUUGCCCUGUAGGAACUGUUGGAAAUCCUUACGUCGAAUGCACUGGUGUGGCCAUCGAAGUGGAGUGCAGAGAGGAUAGCGUAUGUCCACCGUCUUUGGCAUGCAUCAAUACAAAAUGUCAAGAUCCUUGUCUGUCCUCGAACAUGUGCACUGGUGAGCAAGAAUGCAAGGUAUUGAACACGGUACCACUUCGAACAAUGAUUUGCAGCUGUCCACCGAAUACCAUAACUGACAUCAAUGGACUGUGCAAGAAAAUUGUGCUAGAAGAUGUCAAGUGUCAUCAAGAUCAGGAUUGCAAUGAUUCGGAUAAAUGUAUCGAUGGAACUUGCAUUGAGGCUUGUCUUACCACCCAGUGUGGUUUUAAUGCACAAUGCAAAUCUACGUCCCACACAGGGAUCUGUCAAUGCUCGCCUGAUUUCACCGGCAAUGCUUACAUCGAGUGCAUCAGACUUCCUAUAGUGCCACUACCACCAGUUCGUCCAGAAUGUUACGUUAACAGCGAGUGUCCAAAUUACAAACAAUGCAUCAACGCUCUUUGCGUGAAUCCAUGCGUUCUCGAAGACACCUGCGGCAGAAAUGCCUUGUGUUACGUGGAUAAUCAUAAUCCAGUCUGCAGAUGUCCUGCUAACUAUGUUGGUGAUGCGAGAAUCAAUUGUGUACCACCGGAAAUUGUGGCCGAGUGCACUUCGAAUAGCGAAUGCGCGGGCAAUGCUGCAUGUGUCAAUAACUUGUGCAUCAACCCGUGCAAUUGCGGUCCAAACGCAAAAUGCAACGUCGUCGAUCACUAUCCAUCCUGCUCCUGUCCACCUGGAUAUUCUGGAAAUCCUCAAUUGGGUUGUUUCAAACUGGAUUGCGAGUCGGACAGCGAAUGCAACAACGCAGCCACCUGUUACAACGGCCAAUGCGUGAAUCCUUGUAUUUUGGAGAACAAAUGUGCAAUCAAUGCAGAAUGUUACGGUCAAAAGCAUCGCGCCGUUUGUCGCUGCGGUGCAGGCUACAUCGGCAAUCCGGAAGUGCAUUGCGAGAGGGUCGAGUGCAGCGCUGAUUACGACUGUCCUCGAAAUCUCGCCUGCAGCAGCGGACGCUGCAUAAAUCCGUGCAUCGAAGAUUCACCGUGUGCUCAGAAUGCUGUCUGCUACGUUCAAGAUCACCUGGCUACUUGUCGCUGUCCCGAGAACAUCCCUGCUGGAAAUCCCUAUUCCUACUGCGAGCAUCGUCCAACGACACCACUUGACGAGCCAGAAUGCAGAAUCGACAUCGAGUGCGCCGACAAACUGGUGUGCAUCAAGAACAAAUGCAUCGAUCCAUGCCCGGUUAUUAAACCAUGUCUGGAGAACGCACGAUGCAAUGUUCUUGAUACGCUUCCAGUGAGGACCAUGACCUGCACUUGUCCAGAAGGCUGGACCACUGACAUCGAUGGUGUUUGCAGACCAAUUCAAAUAGCAGUCAUCGGUAGCUGUACAACGAACGACGAGUGUAGCGACAAAGAGGCCUGCAUCAACAGACAAUGCAGAAACCCAUGCAACUGCGGUACCAACGCUGCCUGCUAUGUCAAAAACCACAAACCGAUCUGUUCUUGCGAGGAAGGCUACCAAGGCAACCCAGACAUCGCCUGCUACUCCGUAGAGUGCAGACGAGACAGCGAAUGCGCUUUGGACAAGAUUUGCGUGAACAACAACUGCGUCGAUCCUUGCCUAGUGUCCGAUAAUUGUGGCGUGAACGCCGAAUGCUACCCUAACAACCAUAAAGCCGACUGUCGUUGCCGUAAGGGUUAUCACGGAAAUGCUCUGGAUCGUUGCAAAGUGAUAGGAUGCUAUAGCAAUGGCGACUGUCCCGGCGAUCACUCUUGCAUCAACAUGCAAUGCAUCAACCCAUGCGUCCAUAGCAACCCUUGUUCACCGCGUGCCGAAUGCAGAGUCUUCAACCAUCUGCCAAUCUGUCGUUGCCCGGCUCAUCACACAGGCAAUCCUUACGUGAAUUGCAAACCGGAAGAGAGACCAGAAUGCAAGGAAGACGGAGACUGUCCAGAUUCGCUGGCCUGCUUUAACAACAAAUGUCAGAAUCCAUGCUCUGUGAUCCAACCAUGCAGCGAACCAUCGGAAUGCAGGGUGCUACCAACUUACCCUGUUCGCACGAUGGUUUGCGUGUGUCCUAGUGGCUAUGUAAGCAGCGGAAGUGGACUCUGCAAGGCCACCAAGCCGAUUCUAGAGGUCGAAUGUACCAGAGACAGCGAUUGCCCAUUGGACAAGUCUUGCGUGAACGCUGUAUGCAAGAAUCCUUGCGCCUGCGGACCAAACGCAGAAUGCAGCGUAGCGAAUCACAAGCCAAUCUGUUCUUGUAUUUUGGGUUACGAUGGAAAUCCUGAUGUAGUAUGUACCAAGGUCGCCGGAUGUCGCACGGAUGGAGAUUGCAGUGGAUCGCACGCUUGCAUACAGCACAACUGCGUUUCAGUGUGCUCGCCGUCCCUGUCCACUUGUGGAAAAGGGGCAGAAUGUCAUGGCAUCAAUCACAAGGCCAUCUGUGAAUGUCCACCUGGCUAUGGAGGUAAUCCAAGAGCGGCCUGUGUUCUUCUUGGUUGCAGGACCAACUCGGAUUGCCCAACGAACAAGGCCUGCGUCAACAAUCGAUGCGAGAAUCCUUGUGCCGUGAAUCCUUGCACCGGGAACAUGGACUGUAACGUGUACAACCAUGUGGUCGAGUGCGCUUGCCCUCCUGGCUACAUCGGUGAUGCCAAACUGGGAUGCACCAAAUUGACAGAGAAAUGUAAAGCAGACAACGAGUGUCCAUCUCAAACCGCUUGCUUUAAUGGCGAAUGUAUUAAUCCUUGCGUGAAAAUCGAGCCUUGUGGAGUGAAUGCGGACUGCAAAGUCCUGGAUACAACUCCUGUGAGGACUAUGAUUUGCGAGUGCAUUCCUGGUUACAGAGGAAACGCGGUUGUUCAUUGUGAAAAAACUAAUGUAUGUCCAGUGGAGAAGGGUCAGAUCCUUGAUGAAUAUGGCAAUUGUAUCUGUCCACCUGGAACGGCUAAAGACGAGAGCGAAGUGUGCAUACCUUGCCACAAACAAACUGGAAUGAUCAUUAACAACGAAGGAUAUUGCGUGUGUGCUUUGGAAAAUGGCAUGAUCAUCGAUGAAUAUGGACGGUGUGUCUGUCCAACUCAACACGGAUACAGACUAGACGGCAAUGGAUAUUGUAAAUUAGCCGACAUAAUCGAAUGCAAACACGACGACGACUGUGCUGACAAUAGGUUCUGUGACAAAACUAGUCAAACCUGCGAAGAUCCUUGCAUGAGCCAACUGUGUGGCUCGUAUGCAUUUUGCAAUGCUACUCGACAUCAAGCUAUCUGCAUAUGCAUCAACGGCUACAUUGGAAAUGCUUACAAACAAUGCUGUGACAAAAACCGAUGGCGAACCGAUUUCCCAAAACCAGAAAUGGUAGUCAGCUGCUUGUCGGAUGGAGUGCAGGUCGAAAUACAUCUUCAGGACCAAGAGUUUGAUGGAGUGCUAUAUGUUAAAGGUCAUAGUAAGGACGAACAAUGCAGAAGAGUUGUUUCUAUUGCUGCGGAAACGAUGCACAAGACCGAGAUAUUCAAAGUGGCAUUUGGAAAUUGUGGAUUGAUACACGUGAACGGACAAGCUAGCUUUGUACUGGUCAUACAAAAGCACCCGAAAUUGAUGACAUACAAGACCCAGGCUUAUCACAUCAAAUGUAUAUAUCAAACAGGAGAACAAAAUGUCACUCUUGGCUUUAAUGUCUCCAUGUUAACAACCGCUGGAACCAUCGCCAAUACUGGUCCACCGCCAGUCUGUCUGAUGAAGAUCGUCACUCAAAAUGGAAACGAAAUUAACUCGGCCGAAAUUGGAGACAACCUAAUGUUGCAGGUCGAAGUUCAACCCUCAACUAUUUACGGUGGAUUUGCUCGAAAUUGCGUGGCUAAAACGAUGGAAGACAAUUUGGAGAACGAGUACAUAGUAACAGACGAGAAUGGUUGUGCGACAGACCCAACGAUAUUUGGCGAAUGGGAACAGAACCCUGAAACACAGACGCUGAUGGCCAGCUUCAACGCAUUUAAGUUCCCAAGCAGCAACAAUAUUCGAUUCCAGUGCAAUAUCCGUGUAUGCUUCGGUCGCUGUCAACCUGUAAACUGUCGAGGAUACAAUGCGUUCGGUCGUCGCCGACGAGACGUUGAUUCAGAAACGAACGACACUUCUUUGAGCAUCGCAGACAACUACGAAGGACAACUUCGAGAAGAAAUAACAAUCCAGUCGAAUCUGAUAUUCACUCUGGAAAGGAGAGAAGAGAGGUUUACAGCAGAUCCAACUGAAAUUGCUUCAGCUCAAAGAGUGGAAGACAUUUGUGUAUCUAUGGUCGGCUUUGUGAUAGCAUUAGUAAUUACAGCACUGCUGGCACUAGUAGCUGUAGCUAUUGCUGUCUCCUGCUGGCUAAUGGCGUAUCGUCGCCAGCCAAAGACUGCUGGACCACUGCCACACCCACCAGAGUUCCCAAAUCCAUUGUUCACUACUGAAUCUGUAGCUGAACCAUCUCCUGACUAUCAUCUAUCAUAAGUUUUCUAGGAUAAUUAUUAUUUUAUAACGUAAUUUUAUAAUUGUCAAUGAAAUGCAGUACAGACCAGUUUCAUCCAGCUGGUCGGUCUUGUAUUUCUGUAAACAACUCCUCCAGCGACUAGUUUUCCAUACUUUUUCUUCUCUCGAGGGUUCACAAUCUGAGCGCGUCGAAUAUGUUCGCUGCUGUAUACUCUGUACUCUGAAUUUUCGAUCUAAAUAGAUAUACGUAUAGAUAUAUUUACUAUUUAUGGUGAUGGUUUGCUUCCAUUAUCUACGUACACGAGAAACCUUGUCUUCCUAUGUAUGUAAGUACCUUACCUUUUGUUCUGUUCUGUUCUGUUCUUCACUUCUUUUAGUCACUGGAGGAUUUGUUCAGCGUAACACUGCGAAUUUAAUUUCCGUGUAAAGUCGAACGAAUUAGUCUAAUAUAGCUUUCUUACUUCGAUAGUAGGUAACUGUACAUUUUAUCUAAUAAAACGCUAAUGUAAUAUUUUUAAA